AUGUCUGAUAUUUUUGAUGUACCACAGAUACAACGAUGUGCCUCACCGACCGGUGAUUGUGGAACGAAUGACGCUCGACACACUUUAUUGCGAGGUGACGAAAUUUGUUCCUUUUUGAAGAGACAUAUAGAAACCUACACAAUAAAUGGUGUAAAUGACUGUGAUCGCUCUGAGUUGUUCGGUGGUCCCAGCAGUUUAAUUUUGGAUUCUUUUGAGCAAACGACAAGCCAGUCAAGCGUGUUGAGUCGGCAAACGGAUGAACCGGCUGAGACCUCAGUUUCGGGAGAUAAUCUGACUUUUCUUGGCCAUAGACAUGACACAAUCACCGAGGAAGAUUGGGGCAAGUUCCACAUCUCUUCUAAUAAGGGGAGACAAUUUGACUUCCUUUUCUCUCAUUCGCACAACCGAACACAUGAGUUCUACUCAACGUAUUCGGCAUUUAGUGCAAAAUCUCUUAGACUAAUGCUUUUCUCCAUAGCCACCCAUAUCUUACGAAGUCAUUUGAAAAAUACGUGGUCAAAGCAAAUUAAACACUUCUCAAACUUAUUACUUUUAGUAUAAAUGACGAAUGGGAUUCGCUUAUUUUUGUAUGGUCGGUGUUCAAGUUUAUGCGGGUGUGUAUACACAUCCAACUAUUUCAUGCUUUCCUGAAAUAUAUUUGCAUGAAGCGCAUGUUAAAUAAUAAUUUGACUCUACAUCAGCCCGUUGCUUCGAGUGGGCUAUUUUUUCUCAAGAUUCGAUAAUCCAGUAUCUUCUUAAAGAAUAUCUGUAUUCUCCAAAACGUUGCCUGGUUGCAUCAUGAAUUGUUAACAUUGUUACAUUUUUUCUAUGUCAAGUCUUCAAAACGGUAUACGGUCUUUUUACUUCCAUCACUGAUCUCCAGCUUUUGAUAAAACGCGUGGUAUCUGAAUACUUUCCAUGCUUCGAAUUAAGAGGCCGUGGCCCCAACUAGCCACCCUGCGGGCUCCACCUAUGAGGGAGUUAUGUGCUAGCAGGGUAGUUUUAUUUUCCUGAGAACCAAGUUGUCUCUCAAGGAAAAGCCUUUGUAGGCCUUUACGAGUUUUCUAGAACAAGGUGUAAUAGGGUCAUCCUCACAAAAGUGUACGCGAAUAAAUAUCAGUUUGCAGAAAUACUCGUUAUGGUGGCCUUUCAAAACCAUGCAUCUAUUGGGAUGCCACUCCACAGAAGGCCCAAUAGUUUUUGGAAUGCUAUCCAAAAGGAAUAAAAUCAUGUUGGAGCCGAUCUCAGAUUAAGUUUCAAUUCAGCAUAUAAUAAGGCUUCUGGAAACAAGGUCCGUUGAGUGGAACAAGGACGACUGUCUUAAAUAUUGUGUAAUUCGGCUAUCUAAUUGGUUUCCUUUUGAAAACUCAACAGGGACCUUCCCUGCAAGAGGAUAUGGAUAUUCGGAACGGCACGUUGUGCAUCAAAGGUAACAAACAUCAUGCAGAGUGUACCACAAAAUGUUGUAAGGACAAUGUUUAAGUAAGCUUUAUAUGAGACGCAUGAACAGUUUACUAAUUUGUGAUGCAAUUCUUACUUAUAGCUAUUUUAAAUAAUCUUUUAGAUGACUACUUAAAUACGAAACCCUACAGGAAUGCAAUUCAAGAUUUUAGAAACUUCUGAUUUGCUUAUUUAAAGAGGGUUUGUGAAGUUUACGGUUGCAUUUUAUUAAGAACUGUCGGUGCGGUGGAAAGCGAGCUGGAAAACUGCGGGCCAACUCUCCUGGACUUGCAAGUCCCAAAGUUAAAACGUAAUUUGCUGCUGCAGGAUCUCGCGGUUACGGUGAGCUAUCUAUAAGGACGUUUAUUAUUUGAUUUUAGUCGAAGUCAGUUUCCAGACCCCAGUGCCUCAGUAUUAGCAUGUCAAUGUAUUCUCGAUGCUCAUUAAAUUCGCUCCAAGGCACGCAUUUUCUUUCUUUGAUGUCUUCUUAUGUAAAAUGUCUUCCAUAAUUCUUGCCAGAAUGCUUCACAUUAAAAAAGCACAUUUUCUGAAAGGUCUGAUUUUGUUUACGUCGAAAAAUUGUCCGUUCUGAAUGGAGUUUCAAAGCUGAUUGACUGGUUAAGUUAAUCGACCUAUCAGGAGGAUUGGGAAAAAAGUUUACUGAACGUGAUUUACACAUUAAAGAGUAUACUUAGGGCUAGCACGUCAUUUUUUUUGCCAUGACAACGAUGAUCAAUGCUGAGCGAGUAAUUUCCCCGCUCCGGGCAUUUUCGUUGACGGGAGACAAUUCUACCUCUGAAUAAAAGGUUGCUGCAAUUCUAAUCUCAAUAAGAGUCUCGCCACUUUUUUGAUAGUUUAGCUCUAUCGCAAAAUUCUGGGCGCGCAAGGAUAUCACUUUGCAAGAAAACUAUUUGCUGAAGAGCUUCAUGAUUUUGUCCAGGAAAAGUAAUCUGAUCGUUGCAUCACUUCUAGAUUAUCAAUUGCUUUUUCUUCACUAACAUCACCGUUUUAGCUCAUUGGGCUGUGUAUACCAUUUUCAGUCAUUAGGGGAUUGUGAGCAGGGUUUAAUCGUAUUGGUACAACUUUGUAAUAUUUUUUUUGGAGUCUGUCGUAGUGUUGUUUCACAAAUUUUCACUACUUACUUUCGCGGUAUGAUACUUUUGGGACUCUGUAUGUCAGGCCGGGCACACUGCAUUGUUUUGUAUACCAAUAAAACGAUAAUCAUUUUGUUAAAACGGUUUUUUUUCUGCCGGUUUGCAUAUAACUUACUGUAAUUAGCGCUGAUAGACAGCGUCGCGCUGAAUAAUGGAGGAAUUUUUAACUGGACACACAUUACAUAUUGAAGAUCUGCCUGGUACGGAUAUGUCUGAUUCAUUAAUGAAUAGUAGUCGUUUCGGGAAAGAAUCAAAGCCAAACAGCUUCUGUUCACUGGCAGCGAUUUGAGUAAAGGCCCAACAGUUAAGAACCACAAACACUCGAGGCGUUAUCUGCGAUAAAGUUCUGUAUGCCGAUUUUGCAUCCGUUUUUUAUGUUUAGGGUCUAAAAGUAGCUUUAUCAAGCGAGAAGGCCUCAUUGGGGCAGUUUAGUUAUACUCAUAAAUUUUUCAGUUGUUAACACCAGUCUAUUGUCUGAGAAAAAGACAUUGAACUUUGAUCCUCUCAAUAGGCUGUUAGGAGCAGGGACGCCUUUUAUCGAUUUUUAUUCAUAGAAUUGGAUUGUACUGACGUACGAUUUUAAAAGCAACUUCGUCUUUACGCAAAAACGAAGAUCGGAUAGAUGUGUAGUCAUCGUAGGAAAGUAAAAGCACAGAAAUGACUAUUAAGUCCUACCAAAUCUCACGCCAGAAGAGGGUUCGAAUUUCCUGUGUUUUUUUUCUUCCUGUGGUUAUCUUAACCUAUCGCGGUCCAUCAUCUUAACCCGAGGUCCUCUUGAUGAGCCGUAGUUGCUACUUUGUCGAACACUUCAUGUUUAUUUGAUUAGUUCACUCGCAUUUUAAUGUUUUCCUAUGUGAAAAGGAUUCUGGAUUUGCCGGCUGUAAUUCUGUGGAUCCUCCCAGUUUGUCAUCGAUUUCUUGUCCAAUUGAGUCCCCGACAUACGUAAUCUCCCCAAGACAAUUAAGUGAAGGUGCGAGCACUGGAGAGCAAUCGGACAAUAAAUCGCCAUCGCUGCUCAAAGCAACUGAACUCCAUCAACAACUGACGAGACUGCGCGCAUUAUUUGACACUCUGCAGUAUGAACGACAGGAUUUGGAAAGUCAACUCGAACGAACCAGAGUGUAGGCCUUUUCGCUUUUGACCCAUGUCAUCAUCUAAUUUUUUUCAAAUGCCUUCCUAAUCGACCGCCUUUAAGUGAUGAUAGCGAAUUAACAUGAGACAUGAAUUGGCCGACACAAGCUCCUGAGCCCCCAGCCCAGGUUGCGCUUUGGUUGGAAAUUUCUCGGAGACUUCAGUUUUCCGCAUUGGUUGACCAUAAGUUCUUGAAUACCAUGCCGAAAGCUGUUUUGAAUUUCGAUAUUCCGCAGACUGUGCAAUCUAGGGGGGCUCGAAGUCAUGUGACUCACGUUCUUUCUCCAGCCUUCAGUCAUCGUGCUCUUAGUGCACACAAAUGACUAACCUGGUCUACAUGUUAUUUAACUGCGACCCGAGAGAUAAAAAUAAAAAAACCAGUACAUACACGCAUAGGAUGCCACCAUGCCAACUUCAUAUAGAUCGGUUAUAGAUCGCAUUUAACUUUUUUUCGAAAUUGAAAGGAAUAGCAAAACUACAUUUAAACAGCAGAGCAAAUUUCACAGUUGGCCAUUAUUACAGUAAACAGUCAUCCAGCUAGUGAUCGCUCUCCACAAACGCAAUGUUGUAAUGACUCUACAUUGUGCUGAUUUACAUAUCGUUCUAUCUCCGAGGCGGUGUUCGCGAAGUUGCUCGAAGUUCGCGUUUGCGUGUGUGUGAAUAGCCUUUUGUGGAAAAAAUUUCGCUUUAAUUUAAAAGCCCUCUUUAGGAAGGCUCAACGAUAAGUCACAUGAUGUCUGGUGAUGACCGUAGGAGGAACUAAUGUGCAACCGAAGCGUUAGUGCCAGUGUGAGCAUCUUUAAACGACAAGUCUUUUGAGUUUCCUGGCAGAUUACAUCGAAGUAAUAACAUUAAACCAGGUGCGUAUUUUGGCUGGUAUUUGCGCUAUCAAUUCUUUCAAAUACUACCGGGUGUUUCAUAUGAAAUGUUUGCCUUCGGUUCAGUUUGUAGCUUAUUGAUUGGGGUUACGGAAACGAUCAACAGAGAAGGGACUUCCAAGGCACUUCUUGCACAGUAACGUGCUGUCUUCUGUUGCAGCAUUUUCAGAUUCAGGCAGAAUGAUAUUACCGACAAAGACAAUAGGAAUAUCGGUAAUACCAUUCCACCUAUAUCAUGCGCCGCUGUGCGGCUGCUGGUUGGGCUCGAGAGAGAGAGUCCAUAAGGCACAACGGAACGAGUGAGUUCCGUAAGAACGAUCGGUGAGCGCCCCCUACCAUUUUCAGAUUCGCCUGUAUAGAUCAAGCCUACAAAACACUGGCUACUUAGUCAGUACCCGUGCAAAUUAACUCAUAUUUUAUGGAAAAAAUGCCUAAGAAAGUCAUUUAUCUUAUAAAGUUUGAUAAGACACAGAAAUAGGUGCCCCCACCCUUAGACGGGUGGCCUGGCGCCGAAUUCCGGGAAAAGGACCUAUUCCCGUGUCUCAGCCCUGAAACUGGCCCCGACCCAGACCUUAACCCUAACCCUUAUCUUCCUGGAAUUCAACGCAAGGCCACCUAUGUUAUGGGGGGUUCCUAUUCCGUUGUGACAGCCACAAUUUAUGGGAGGUUACCUCUUUUUCAUUUUGAAUACUUGAGGAAAAGAAACAUUUGCGGUUUUAAAAACGUUGAAAUUCUGAAGACGCGCGCUUUAGUAUUCAUGUAGUCAGCUGUCAUCGAAUUCGCUAAUGCUACUCACAACGUGUGCAGUGAGAUUCAUAUCUACUAUGAUAUUAUAUAGACGUUAUAACGUCUCUUUAUGUGGACACAUAGGGUCGUUUAUAAAAGAAUAGGCGCACACCGACCAAACUGGUUUCCAAAACAAACGGAACGUGAACAGCUGGCCGAGGCCGCGACCAGUCAACCACUUACCAGACUCAUCGGGUGUCUAGAACCCAUCUGAUUGACUCGUUUGUGUGUUAACCGCGGUGUGUGCCGACACUUCAUUGUGAUUCCGGUCCUAAAUGAUGCUUGAAUUUAUGGUUAACUGACUAAAGGCAGAAUAUGCCCGGAACAGCUUCCCUCCUGACACCCUUACUCUAAGCAGGACUAUGUUAGGUUUUUUUCUCAAAAAAUUCCUCUCGUGAACAUUUAAAGCGUUAAUAUCAGGUUAAAACGCAAAUUUUUAUUUCAACUAUACGAGUACUCAAGACUAUUUUAAAAAUGGAAUGCCCUCUUCAAGUAGAAAUUCUAAAAAUCACAACCUUCUAUGAUAGAAAUAUAAAAACUCACUUUUCACGAAACAUUUCUUUUGAAUAUUCUUAAAGCGAUAUAGGCAUUGAAAGUCAAUGCCAAACAUGCACCCUAAGAGGGCAAAAAUUUCCAACGUAGUUUCUGACAGUGACUGGGAGGAUGUCCAGUUAAAAGUCAACAUGCAAAUCUGUAAAAAUUAGCUUGGGGUUUUGUGCUAUGCUAACCAGCCGAAUCCAUCAACUAAUGUGAAGAAACCUAAAUUUUCUAGGCUCAUCGGGCUAAGAAAACGACCCUCAUAGACAAUUCUACAAAAUUUGAAAAACUUAACCGAAAAUUUGACAUGAAUGUUUUGAUCAGGUCACGCACUCUUGAGCUUUUGCGGCGACCAUAUAACACUGACUUUAUCAGUGCAGCUCAAAUAAAAAAAAACAGAUUUUACUGGUUCUACGUUCCAGUCCAUGCACAUUGCACCGGCGAAGUUAGAUGCGCAGUUACGCUCUCUCCCUCCAUCCAACUUUUUAUCUCUCUCUCCCUCUUUCUCUCUCUCUCCCUUUGUCUCAAAUAGGCUUAUCCUCUUCCUCUGGCCCUGCUACUUUUCCACUUUCUCUUUCCCCAUCUCAUCCAUAAGUUUUGGCUUCCACCCCCAUCUUCGAUAGUAGUUGGAGCUUCUGUUUCAACCUCGUUUCUUCCCGUAGGGUUAAAGAUGUUUCGCUCGUGAGUUUGAGUAGUUCUCUAAUUGUUUUUUUUUCGUGCUUAUGUACUAGUCAAUAGUAAUCCGCCCAUCAAACUUAAUAUGGCGUAGGAGCUCUAAAGUUUACUCCUUAUCUUCCCUAUUAAUCUCACUCCUGUCUCUCACUUGCAGUUGGGCUGUCGUGCUUGAUGUUGGUGCUCUUUGAACUGGAGAUUUCAUUUGUAAACUACAGUGUUUCGCCUACUGUAUUGAACUAGAUCAUUUGCAUAGAACAGUAGUGCUAUAUAUCUGCCUAGUGUCACCAAAUAAUUUGCAUUUGGCCGGGUGGUAUUAGGAACAUACUGGGGAGAUUUCAGUGGCAAUUUUCUGAACUUAUUAAUGCCGUCGGUUGGCCAUACUUCGACAUCUACCCACCAUGACCCGAGGUUUGAAUACAAGUCCAGUUAGGUAUUACGAAGACACAAUAUUAUUGCGCUAGGUGUCCACAUCUUGUAGACCACAGUUAGAAAUAUGCGAAGUGGCGUUGGAUUACGACACACCGGUCUACCCCGAUUGCUGGGCAGAGGGCCUGUCUUGGUUUUGCACUCAGGAUAGAUUGUUAGACGCCAGUUGCAUACGCCUGCCCUUUAUUCAAAGUCAUUUUGAACUUGCGCCAGUCUGCGCGUUCGGUUGACACAGAGGAUACAUUAUAACCUGCAGCAAAUUAAAUUGAUCCACAUACUGAUCCUUUACUUUUUAAAAACCGUUAGCUAUUCUGCCUUUAUCCUUUUACUAAAAGGCUCAAGGAGAACCUGUUGGAUAGGACGCUGGAAGCGAAGCCUUCAAACGACUCUGCGGUAAGUGGUUCUCAUUCAUUUUUCACUGCCACUUUUUAUGGAAGUUGUUCCACCUUUCUGUCCAGGAAAUGUUCACGUAAAGCUGCAUUUUCUGCAGAGUAAGCUGACUCCGAGUUUAUAGAAUCCAAGUACUCUUAUCAACUGUACGUGUAUCCCGGUUUGAAAGCUCAAAACCGACACAUGAAGUGCGACCUGCUCACUGUCAAUGUCUUUUGAUCAGGUUUGCACCGUACAUAUCUUGUUGGAACGCGAUUCUUCUAUGCAGAUGGAGCCUGUAAACUCCGAAGUAAUGGAGCAAAAACCCCGGAGCAAUCGAUUUUUUGCUGUUUUGAUGAUGCAAACGGGCCUCAACACGAGAGAGAGAGAGACGAUUUCAUUCGUUCGCGCCAACCACUGUAAGCCUUUCAGAUGGGCAGCAACUUCUUAGUCAGGACCUAACACAGGGACACCGAAUAAAAUCGGCUCUUCACCAACGUGCGCUCGCGUCGUCGGGUUGUGUGUGUGUGUGUGACCAUUCAGAUGUUGCGCACUUACCUUUAAACCGACUCCACUUGUGUUGCCCGCAGUGUUACCCUUAACACAUUUUUCGGUCGUUGCCAGACCACAGCAUCAAUUAGGAAGUAGAACACAGGCAUAUUUUAUGCUUCUUUUCCGACAAGAGCCAAAACUGAAAAAAUUUAGAGUAUAAAAUGUCUUGUACGCUCUCGCAGCUCAUAGGUUAAACCGCCUAAAUCGGCGCGAACAAGUAUUAUAGGUAGUUUACUCGACGCGAAGCUAGCCAACUCGUACCGUGAAUCUGCCGUGUUUGAGCCAAUGAAACUGGAAACUGUGCUUGAGCAGUGCUGAGCACCACGAAUGAAGUGUAGUAGGACGUCGCCUGUCGAAGUCCGGCAGUUUGGCAGCCCUCUUAGUUCGGCAGUGGCCUUGCCUUAAGCUUCAGCAUACGCACUUAUUCCUACCUAUAGAAAUGGAGACCAGACAAGGUCGGAACUGGACUUGCACUGACACGCAGUAGGCGGCGUAACGCGCGGUGCAUUCUGAGAUUCAUAGAAAUUUUAAAUAAUUCAUAAACGCAGCCCAAAACUCAAAACACCAACGUCCCCAACUAAAAGUGCGGUAAAAGUCCGCUAAAGAAACUAUUAAGCUUAUAGAGAUUAGAAAUUUUAAUGGAAAACUGGGAACUCUGAAACUAAAUACGGCUCGGGUAAUUAAUUGGGCUGCAAGUCAGACAUUUCAGGACGUGAUCAGAUACAAUAUGAGUAGAUAAGGGGUGCUGUUAGUAAAAAAAAAUAGAAAAUGAAACAUCACCGUUUCGUGGCUUACUGUACUGGCAUGGAAGUAGAUAGACUGUGGGUUAGAGUCUCCAGUGAAAUCUUGAAAAAUAUUUUUCAAAACACAUAGUCUCUUUUCAGAUAGAUGUUCUUUCUUGCAUCGCGUAAGUCAUUUUCUGCAUGAACGAAGAUAUUUUCAGCGUAAUAGCAUUACCGACCAGUUAUCGGACUACAAAUUGCGCAAGUGAGGUUGCAUGGGGAAACAGCGACCACUAAUUAAAAAGUUGGAAUAAAAUAAACAAACGUGCUGAUGGACCUACUGUUCUCUUUGUUGAGCUGUUUUUUCUCUCUGGCGAGAGGCUGUUGAGCCUCAGAACCUCCUCGAAAUGUGGGGGAGCAGUCCUGUUUACAGUUUCCCUUGUCCGUUUUCGGCAAAAAAUGGUUUCUGUAUGUUAUGUGUACAAUCUUCCUAAUACACAGUUUGAUGCUUUAUUUCGUGAGGCUUUUGCCAGGGACUUUCGCGUCGGGAUCAUAAACGUUUUGGCAAAACUGGCAUGCUUAAGAAUUCAUUUUUAACAUCUUGGUUCUAAAAGAUGGCAGAGUAGGUUUUAGAAACCCGGUUGGAUUUCUUGAGAAACUCUGAAUCGCCAUUCGAAGUAUUCAGUCACACAAUGAUGGUGUCGCCAAUGGAGCAUAAAUACGCUGACCAUGCUAAAAGUAAGAUUCUCGAAGAACAUAAAGAGGCGGCCCCAUUUCUUUUACCGAACCGGGGAUUAGGUCUUGCAAUGCCUGAAUUCGAGCUUCUGCUUCCACUGCCUUCAGUCGUUUGAGAGGAAUCGUUCAGACCGGAAUGUUUACCUUUUGUAUGCAAACUUACAUUCAUGAACACAAAACAACUUGCCGUGGCUGUAAAAUAACUUUGUUUAUAUUCGUAACGCUGGCAGUCCAUUUUGCCAGUGUAUAUGGCUUACCGUUAAAUAGCUAACCUCUCACUGGCUAAUGUUUAGUAGGUUGUUCUUAAGGAGAGGAGAACUGAAUUAUCACUUGCUUCCUAGAGAACAAAGUCUUCUUGUUUGAGACGUUGAGUCACUUCACGAGCAGUAAUUGUUUCUCCUGACUUCCUCCCGCUCUCACGACCGCACUCCGUCCCGGUUUGCUCGACAACCACUGAUCAACAGCCAUCUGUGUUAUUAACGGAGAAGAGAAUGUUACGUAUUCUCUCCGUCCGUAAACGCACGUAAGGAUUUCGGCUAGUGUUAAAUGAACCUCGGCUUCUGUUAUUCAGCUCUUCAGUUGGCUCACACAUUAUGAUUUCAUCAUUUCACAUCGUCUCCGAAUCAAACUUUACUAGACCGGCCCAUUAAUUUGCCUAUAUUUCUCUGUUUGUCUCAGUAAUUGUGGAAAGAACCUCCCGAAUAUCGAUUUCUUAAGGGAUACGACACCAAUGUGUGCAUAUACGACCAAAAAAUGUCUGCAAUUUUGGCUUCCCAGAGUACAAAAUCACUGAAUUACCGUGAUAGGACUUGCAGCCAGGGAACUAUCUACAGUGAGUGACCAAUCUCAUGAAAUGUUGGCUGAAAUUCUGAAAUGCAUUUUCGAUUAAAAAGGAUUACUUAAGCGCGGUAGCAAAAUUGAUUAUCUUCCGGCAUACUCCUAUAAUAUUUCAAACUCGGCAAGACGUCAGCUUUUGAAUGCACUGCUUUUAAAUCUGCCGUAGAAACCGUAUUCGGUAAGAAGUGACUACUUAAAUAGCAUGCAUUUUUACAAUGUUUUUCGAUGGUCUUAAAAAUUCAAAUAUAUUUUAUAGAAACCCUGAACGAAAAUAUGCUUUCUUUCAGUUGUCUGAUAGAGGAUCACGUCAUCUUUAUAUUUUAUGCUCAAAGAAGGGGUAUAAUUAGGUUUUAAAAAGUUUCUAAUUAUGAGAUUUUUCAAAACCGUGCAAUGUCCGUUCAUACAGAAUCGUACCUGUCAGAUUACCAUUGCUCCUCAUGAAAUGUACAACACAAUCCACAUCCAUUGCAGAAUUUUAUGGAUCCUAUAUAGUAUCUUUUUAAAGGUUUGGAAGGAUAUGUGAUUUUCUUCACGGGGAACACAUGUACCUUGUAGACUGAAAUCACUAAGUGCUAAUGCAACGGCUGAUCAGGAUCCAAAUUAUUCGGGAAUGGGAAAAAAUUUUUAAAACCUAGGUAUACUCUUUCUUCGAUUAUAAAAUGUAAAGACAACGUGAUUUCUAUCAGACAACUGAAAGAAAGCAUAUUUUCGUUCGGUGUUUCUAUAAAAUAUAUUUGAAUUUUCAAGACCAUCGAGAAUCAUUGUAAAACAUUCAUGCUACUUAAGUAGUCAUACUUUACCGAGUACGAUUUCUACAGAAGAUUAACAUGUAAAGCCUUCAAAAGCUUACAUCCUGCCGAGUCCGAAUUAUAUUAGGACAAUGUCCCGUGAUAAUAAAUGUUUCAACCGCACCUAAGUAAACCUUCCUAAUCGAAAACACAUUUCAGAAUUUCAGCCAACAUUUCAUGAAAUCGGUCACUCGAAGUGAAGCGACCGGCAAACACCUACGUGGAAGACCGAUAAGAAGAAGCGGGCCGGAGGCAGACCAUUUCCGCCUCUCUCAGUCGGUCAUGCCUUCAACCAACGCUAUUAAAUGGGAUUAUGUCCGGAAAGCUUCAUUUAUAAUGGAAAGAAGUUAUCCCGAGUGAUGUAUUUAAGGAAUAGAAGACUUGUCUGGCCAGACGAGUAUUCUCCAACACCAACUGAUGUUGGGGAAUUUGGACCCUAGGCCACAUCUGGCCGCCCUGUUGGAGUAUGCCCUUAUGUUCGGUGCAGUCUAAUGAUGGACCGAGGUGACAACCGAAUUAGCAAGACAGCUGUGAGAGGUGGGGCUGUCGAAAGGUCAUUCCGUGAACUGCCGCCUACGCGAUUCGAUAUCACCAUAGGAAACAAAGUCCAAACCAAGGUGUAUCAAGAGACAUGCGACGCUCUGCCAUGUCAGUCAUUGCCUCCAGAUAAACGACCCGAGCCGCAAAUACAGAUAUUUGAUGCGAUAGAAAACUGAAGAACAUUGACGAGCCCGGUGGGGACUGUCCUUCUGUGGAAAUCUUUAAGUGUCUUUGGAAAGUGUCAGUUGAUUGGUUGCACUGCUCGUUGCCCAAAAUGUGAGUGACAGUGUCUUAGCCUGCCAUUCUGUCGUUGCACCGAUCUCCAGCAGGAGCGACAGAUCACUGCAGCCGAAUAAUUGAAGCCUAUGCCGGCAUAGAUGGCGGCAUAAAAUUCUUCAUUCUUGUCCUCAGUCGCUUCCCCCCGUUUAUCAACCUGCAAGUAAGAAUAAGUGCGUCUUUUGGCUGCAAACUGUGUACAGGAUCUCCCGUUGUUUGAUGGUUUGUAGCACAAAUACGCUCAAUAGUGGAGUCAGAAGUUUUCGGUGUAUCCUAGCAUGCAGCGCACACUAGCUUUCUUUGUUCGAUAUAAUUCUAACGUUCGGACAGCAGAGUUUUCAAGUUGAGUGAUUAUUUCCUAGAAAGAGUUCCCUUGGCCUCUAUUCAUUGUGCUAAUUACACUGAGAGAGUCGGUUAGCAUAACGUCGGGGUCACCAAUGGCCGACGUACGGCCGAUCACCACCGAGGGGCUCCCCAAGUCAAGGGUAGGGGCAGAUUUCUGCUUCCUCUGUCUUCUUACUGUGGCAACGGUUGUCCUACUAACUGUGUCCUUCUGGAUUUUUACUUCGGAAACGUGUCAUUGUUAAUCCACUCCACUUCAGCAAGUUUGUUAGACGGCAGUUGCAUUCAGCACAGUUUCAUGGAGCUACAGAUGGGAGCUAAUUAUCAGAUGGGGUCAAAGAUGUAGAUAUCACCACCUCAUGUGCAACAAGACUUUUGCUGGAAUUGUCAGUCUACUAAAGUGAGUUCCUCUGGGCAUCCUGCGCACCUCAAACGCAAACUGAAACUAUAUCCAUCAGUGGAACGGAUCAGACCAAGAACUGUUUCACUCCAACAAAUGACAGAAGGAAGCCGUACCUGACGCCUCCUCUGUUUGUAGAUCUGAUUCCCAUUUAUUUGUUUUUAGAAUCGAUCUGACGAGGGGGCCAGGUUAACAGAAUUGCGCUGCCUUCUUGGCACAGAGUCCGCCCGCACCUCAGACCUUCUGGCCAAAGUUACUUCACUGCGAAAACGCCUGGAACCGGACGACUUUAGAAGUAAAUUCAAACGGCUCCACGAUGAGGCUGCCGUUCGCUGCUGCGAUUAUGUUGAGCUGGGCCGCCAAUCCCACGAGGAACAGUUGGCCAUUCUUUCCGUCAUCACCGACGCUGCUGCAGUGAGUUCCUGGUACUGAGCGCUCGCCUGUCCUUUUCUUUACCAUGAGUGCACCUUCUAUCUCGUUCUCCCACCCACAGUGGAACGUCCCGCCAACUAGAGCGCAUGAAAUGCAUCCGCAGCUUAAGUCGUAUUACAGUGGGAAGCGCGAAGACCAAAACACAGUUCUUGACAUGAAUAAUUCUGGAAGUUCCAACGUUCCUUACUUAGAGUAGACAAUAGACGGAGAGUCGACCUAACGCCAACUGAAAAAAGAGGGGAAAGCCGAAACCUGUCUUGCAUUUAUUCGUUGCUUUAUUCCAGGAUUACUUCAUCCCUUCUUUAGAAGGUCGAGAACGAGAAGAUUGCUUUUGAGCAAACUAAAUCGUACUCCGGGCCGAUAGUAGAGAAUAUCGCCUGAGAGCAUUCCUUUUACGAGGAAGAAAACGUCCUGUCGAGUAAAGUCCGUCCAUUAAUUGCACUCUCUUGUGCCACAUCUUACUGAAACAUUGUAUUUAUGUAUUUUAUUCACCAUGACCCUCAGAACAGCAUGGAACUCCAACUGCGAUAUCGGACAUUAAUGUAUCCUAUAACUUUGAUCAAUGUUAGCAAACUGUGUAUCUGAACUACGCUAUCUGAGAUCCCUACCGACUGGAAAAACUGAGACCAAUGGAGCAUGAAGUAUGCGAGUGACAAUUUUUUAACGCAAUGGACUCAUAUUUUCCAAUCGGCGUGGCUGCAUACUCAUUCAUCGUGAACAUCUCAAGGUUUCUCCAGUUUCUUAGGUCACAGCUAAUUCUGCGUUGCGGUUUAUGGUGCACAGCUCCAUAGAAGUGGUAUGAAUCGCCUGGAUAAAUCGUUUCUUUGCGUGAAAAAGUGCGUCUCUUAUCGUGAAGUAAUUUUACGAGGCUGAGUUGUUGGCAGCGUCAUCUUUUGCCGAGGUGUUUGUAGAACUCUCGGGAAUUAUAAUUACCUUGACCAUAUUGGCAGCUUCAAGGUUCACAGCAGUAGCAAUUUCACUCAAUCAAAUUCAUCGGCGCACUCAAAGACCCCUAUUCUGGCCGAGCGUAUAAAAGUAGUGUGUUGGAAGAGGUCUGUCGGCGAAAAGUGGUUGAGCAGGCUAUCCAUCGUUGGCAGGGCGCGUUCAGAUCUGUCGACAGCUCUAACUGCUUUCGAAGAUCUACUGACUACCUUGUGGUCUACAGUCAAUAUCUUCGAAGGCUUUUACAGCCACUUGAUAAGUAGUCCCCCUUCAACUGCUUUCCUAAGAACUGAUUACCCAGCUACCCAGCCAAUCGUCGGAGUAAAUUCUCAUCUCACUUCCGACUUGCCGGCUGAAUGACAGUUUAUCGCUUUGAACUUCGAUUUUAUCCUGAGUGCCUUUCUCGUACAUCUAGACUUAUCUGCAUAUCUGGCGUGUAUAAGAAGGACUGGGUUCUCAAACAUAUCGUCAAAAAUACUGCUUCCACCUUCCGGAUUUCCCAAACACCUGUAUUCUGACCUUUAAUAUCUUGUUUGCAUUUAGUUGGUGCCUUGCACUUUUAUACUAAGCUCUUCCCUCCCCUCUCCUUAUAGCAGUGCGAAAGUUCGACUGAACCACCCUCUGUCAGUCUACAGACUCUUUUGGACGCGAAGGAAAAACUUUGUGAACUCUAUGCUACACAAAUCGAGACAGAUUCUGAGAAACUACGAGAGAGACGGAAGGGUUUGGAUUGUCAGGUACCUUUUCUCACUGGUGAAUACAUGCUAUGGUAAUUUUGGCGUCGCACCCAAUGAGAAUAGUGAGUUAGUCAUCUGAAGAGGUUUUCGUGUUGCUAACAUCCUCGCUUGUCAGUUGGAUGCAAAGUUUAGGGUUUUACCUGCACAUUCAUAGGCCUUACUAUCGAAGGCACCGUUUCCUUUAAAUAAGGAUAUAGGUGAAAAGUUUAAUAAGAUGGCAUAUGCCCACGUAGGAAGAAAUUUUAAAUUUGUUAUUUUGAUCAUUCGGGAGUUUCUUUUCUUGUAGUAUAAAUUUUUGUUACGUUUACAAAUGUCCGAAAUAAUAGCCUAAUGACGGUAAACGGUCGCUCCGUUACGCCCUUCACCUGCAAAAUAUUUAGGCGGGCAUUUUGAAACUUGGUCUCGUCGCACUUUGUGUGAUUUGACAGACACUUGGGCGUUAUUACAGUCAGUGACCGAUCUCACGAAGUGUCAGGCGAGAUUCCGAAAUGUGUUUUCGAUUUAGGAGAAUUACUUGAAUGAGGCUGUGAUACUGAUUAUCAUACAGCACAAUCAUGUGAUAUGCCAGACACGCCGGAAUGCUGGCUUUUGAAUGCACUUCUUUCCAGCUGUCCGUAAGAAUCACACUCGGCGAAAAGGACUACUCAAGUAGCAUGCACUUUUCUAUUUAUUUGAGAUGCAUUCAGAGGUCGAAGUAUACUUUAUAGAAAAUAUGCACAAAAUAUUCUUUCUUGCAGCCGAUUGGUGGAAAGUCACUUCCGCUUCAAAUUCCAUACUUAAAGGAAAGGCACAUUUCGGUUUUAAAAAGCGUUUCAGUUCCGGAAUAAUUUUGAUCUCGAUCUGCGGUUGCAUUUGCGUUUAAGGUUUUCAGUCUACAGGCUGUAUACUUUCUAUGUAAAGAAAAUCAUAUAUUCCAUCACGCCAUUAAGAAGAUACCAUAUAGCGCUCAUAAAAUAUUGUAAUGGGUAUAGACUUUGUCGCAUAGGAGAACAGUAACAAACGGACAGCUACGGUGCUACCUGAAUGGACACUACAGGGUCUUAAAAAUUGCAUAAUUGGGAACUCUUUUUGAAACCUAAGUAUAAAAUUCCUUUGAGCAUAAAAUUCGAAGAAGGCGUCAUUUGCUAACAAGAGCCUUCUUCGAAUUUUAUGCUCAAAGGAAGUUUAUACUUAGGUUUCAAAAAGAGUUCCUAAUUAUGCGAUUUUUAAGACCCUGAAGUGUCCAUUCAGGUAGCACCGCAUCUGUCCGUUUGUUAAUGUUCUCCUAUGCGACAAAGUCUAUGCCCAUUACAACACUUUAUGGGCGCAGUAUGGUAUCUCCUUAAUGGCGUGGUGGAAUAUAUGAUUUUCUUUAAGAGCACAAGCGAGGACAUUUGGAUUAUGCUUUCUAUAAAGUAUAUUUGGGUCUACAAGGGCGUAGAAAAUCAAUGGAGAGAUGCGUACUACCUAAGCAGUCAUUUUUUUUACCGAGUGCGGUCUUUACAGGCAGCCGGAAAGAAGUGCAUUCAAUAGCCAGCAUCCUGCCGUGUCUAAUUUAUCACGGGAUUAUCCCGCAUGAUACUCAAUCUUACAACCCCACUUAAGUAAUUCUUCCUAGUCGGGAACGCAAUUCAGAAUUUAGGUUAACAUUUAAUGAGAUCAAGCAAUGACUGUGUAUCCGAACUAUGCUAUCUGAGAUCCCUACUGGUUGAAAAAAAUGAGACCAAUGGAGGGAUCUGCGCAGCAUAUAUCCUUCAGGGCUUCAUCCUAAUCUAGGGCCAAAAAGAGAAUUUAUUGAAUAGUUAUUGUUCGAGGAAUAUGCGACUCCUUCUAUUAAAAACUCCUGGUUCAACCGAAUUCAUAAAAUCACGUAUGAUUAGGAAAAAAUGAGGAAGAUUUAUAGCAAUAUCCGGCGGUACAAAUCUCCUCUGGAAUAAAUAUUCAAUUUGGGUUCUUAGCCCCAUUUUACUGGCAUAUGACAACGGCAAUUGAUUGUUCCUGGCAGGUAGAAACAGAGCUGCUUCCGAAAAGCCGCUUCAUUAUUUUGUACGGACAGUCACUGUUUCGCAUUGCUGAAUGUCUCCAGCUUCCGACUGUGACGGGAACUAUUUUAAACGAAACUCUUAAAGGUACUUUCCGGGAUUUUGCCGACCAACGGUGCCCAUAAUUCAACCUCUCUGCCGCCCUAUCCUCAUCGGGGAACCCUAAAAAGCAGGCUUUAAGAUCUAAUCUUAUAAAGUUUUCUUGCAGAAGGCCGAGAUUGCAGUUACUUGUGAUGAGUUAGCACGCUAAUUUAAAGGAAGAGAAUAGAUGGUCUGAUGCUACCUUUGGUAGUAGUAGUAGUAGUAGUAGUAGUAGUAGUAGUAGUAGUAGUAGUAGUAGUACAUGGUCCACGAAAAUUUACAGUAAGCUGGUUACGGAACUUUCAGCUCAGACUUAAAAUGCUGCCUCAAAACCAGUUGAUGUAGCAUACCUACCGAUGUGCAUGCUUUUUUGAAAGUCUUUGCAGAAAUUGGAGAUACUCGAACGCGAUCACCACCCAAAAACUUAUCAGAACCACAAUUAUUCGACACGUCUGAAAGUUUUGAAGUUCGGUCUUGAAGAACGGCUUAGGUGAGCUCCCUUUCUGUGCUUUUACAAACAGAUAUUGUUGAGCACCACACAUGAACAUCAGCCCCAGUUAUUUUAUUAAAACUGUCUUUAGCAUACUUGUACACAUGUAAAUAGGCCAAAUGAAUCAUUCGGCAUGAUAAGCCUCUUCCUUCCUAAGUCAUGAGACCGAAGAAGUUCGCUGGCACGCGGUCAUAAUCUUUUUACUCGAGAUGACAUGCCGGUAGAAGCGAAUAGGUGAGUCCCAGGGAACAGUUCAGAAGAAGCGGACGCAAUAUUCGAAACGAGAAGUUUAUUGGCCUGACGUUUCGGAUUCUCACUCAAACUCAUCGUCAGAGACAGUCGCAGAUGGUGGGUUCGAGGGAGGAUCCGAGACGUCAGGUCAAUACACUUUUUGUUUCAGCGACCGCAUCUUCUUUUGAGACGAUAUGUCUUCAGGAGGUCAGGUUUUGGUUCUUUGACCGGUUCGAUUUUGGGUCAUUUUUCCUUGAGAAUUUUGUAGCCAGGGUCUCACUCGCCGUCUGUUCAUGUAGCAGCCAUCCUUUGCCAUUGGCUUUUGUUGACUGGCAAUUGUCUCCUUUAGACGCCCAAUUCCCACACACCGUUGUCCACUUUCUAGCUCGCGAAGUGUCGCUUGUGUGAAUGUCUCACCCCAUCAUCGACAACACUGGUUUGCACAUAAGGUUACAGAUGGACUCUUUUGUCUGAAAACUGCAUUACACUACAUUGCAUCACACAUGAUAUUCUACAGACCGCUUCUUUUUUCACAUGACCAGCGGGUUCUGUAGGUUACAUAUGUCGGGUGUGCAAAUAUGUUGUCAGUCUAUGACUGCCCCUACCUGAUGCCUCCCUGAAGGUCUUCAAUCCCUUCUGAAAAAUUUCUCACGUUCGGGGGUUUACCAAAUGCUAGUCCGGCCUUAGUGGCAGAUCCUCAUUUGGAGUUGGCAUCGCGCGUACUUUAUGCUCCAUUUGUGUAAAUCUACGCUCAUAAAUUGCCUCCUGACUUGUAAAAUACCCUCCGUCUGUCGUGCAAAUUCAUGUAGCAAUGAAAGCAACCCUCACAAGAUUUGAAGUUCCCAACACUUUAAAUUAAUCAGAAAAGUAUGGUAAAAUGCGCUGGAUUCCGACUAGUCGGCUUACACUGAUCCGAGAUACAUUGACCCGACGGGCCUAAUUGUCCGAAACGCAUGCAGAUCUAAAAUGCAUAUUGUAGCCAAUCAACAAAAGCUACUUAUCGAUCUGGGUCAGAGCUGCUGCCCUUCCUCCCAGCCUUAUCGAACGCCCGCCGCCGUACGCUCUAUUCUGCUUUGUCGGUCACAGGAUUGUACGUUAGGGCUCGCCUUAUGUUCGCGAGUUCCCAAAACUGGCUGAUCAACCAGACCUGAAGGCGCGCAUGGGUAGUGUAGACCAUCUGACUGAAUUUGCGGCCAGUAGGACGUGCCAUCUGUAUAAAAUGCAAACAAUCCUCUCAGCUUCACCCUAGUGACUUGGAAGAUCACCAUUGUACAUCCUCGAUCGCAACCGACAGGACAGCGGGCCCGUGGCUCAGUGGUUAGAGGCGUUGGACUUUUGACUAACAGGUCACGGGAUCGAGCCCCAGGUGUUCCACACUCCGGGGUUGGGUAUGACUGGCUGAGGACGGCUAAAAAGUCGGAAAUGGCCACUCCAGUUUCCCUUGUCUUUGCCGUCAAUAACAUUCUGCCCAUAUCAUGCGCCGCUGUGCGCCUGCUGAUUGGGCUCGGGAGAGAACCCUGAGGCAUAACGAGACGAGUGAAUUCCGCAAAAACGGUCGGUUAGCGCCGCUCUGCCAGUCACCAGUCCGCUUAGGUGGAAUGAUGGCCCUAAUAAGUAAAGUAAAUUAACGUAAUGCAUAUGACCUGUUUCUGGCUUCCAACAUCCGACUUGACUAAACGGCUGUUCCACGUAACCGAUGGCCCAAUUAACCAGAAUCUACUCUAAUACUUCAGCACUGAUGUAUAUUUAAGUCUACCCUGUGUGGUGGUUUCGCAUUUACUAAACUUCACUGAAGAAAUGUCAGAAUGACGUGCGAUAUCAUUCUACAUUUUAGACAUUUAGCUGACGCAAAUGGAAAGGCAAAGAUUUUGGAAGAGAAGCUGGAAGCGGCCAGAACUCAACAUUAUGUCUCCAAAGUCGAGACCGUACGACGGUUAUUUGCAAUAUCAAAGGCCCGCCGUGAACACAUAGACACACUGCGGCAAGAAAUCAGACAAAACGUAGGCUCGAAUUACUUGCUUACUAUAGAACUUUUUCCACUUUAAUUUAUAUAAUCAUCUUCUUGAAUAACUUAUCCGACCUCAGUAUGUAAGCACAUAUAUAUAUGUGUCAAAGGUAUUAUGCCAUUCUCCCGGGAUAGGUGCUAGCUAAAUGCCCAGCCACGUAUUUUGCCAGCAUUCUGCCCUGCGCGAUACAGCCGCGAGGAGUUCGGCUCUUCAAUGGGUCCCCCAGCGUUCUGUAUGUGGUUUGUGGUAUACGAACUCCAGAGCAUAAUCAAGCUAAUGAUUUCAGAAAUUAUUUAGUACAGGACAUGGGGUUAAGUCCUCGGAACACGACUUUAUAUACAUAUACAUGAAGAAGAUGGUAAGGUGAGCUCUGGGGAUGAUGAUUUAUUCAUCGGACGUUUCAUCAUACUCGAGUGCAUCAUUGGGGAUAGGAAGUAUGAGAACUGCGCGGUUUAAAUAGGCCCCUCUCGCUCACCCAUAAUAGAGCCACCAAUCGUUAUCCUCAUUGGGUCUCCCCUGGUGCAUAAGUGGUGCUUGGCGGCCGCGUAUUGUGCCGGUAGGUCGACGCUGCGGUUGAUGGAGUUGGCGUCUGUUUGUCAGGCCUCGAUUAUUUCUCUCGAUAUAUAUAUAUAUUACAUAUAUAUACAUAUAAUUGAGGUAAUAUAAUGAAAAAUAGGAAGCCUUUCGGGAAAAUCGGGUCGUUCCAAUUAAUUAUAAAGCUGAUUACACCAACCUAUCAUCGGAGGGAAUUGAUAGAGACGUGAGACUACGGUAUUAGGGCGCUUGGGGUCAAAAAGGUAUCAUUAACAGGCAGGCGUCAGCGGGAAGGUGAGCCUGGUUUUGCGACGGAUGUCGGAGAUCAGGGAGGAAGUACGUGCGAGUUUUGGUUAUGGUUUGCGGUGUUUGAACAGGUGGCAAAUAACUAAUGCGAUAAUUCCAUCCUUCAUUAUUCACCGUGUCUGAUAGGUGUAACCGUCUUGACGUGCUCCGGCCAUGCUGGAGCUGCACCUAACCAGCACGACACACGUUAUUUGGGAUACGCAUCCAUGACAAAUGGCACACAUGAGGGGUCCGUAGUGGCUCGUCUAGGCACAGGCUCACGCCUCACCAACCACUUGCGCUCAAUCCGCAUAUUAAAUAGCUGACCGAUUCGACUGUGGAAUGAUACCUGGGAGAGAGAGAAGAGAGCGGGUGAGGUCGACUCUGGGGCCCCCAAGCCCCUCGGCAUCUCAGCGCAUUUCUUCACUAUAAACACUCUGACGCGCUUUUAAACUAUCACUGUGAGCUAAAGGCCGUGGCUUGAAAGGCUGUCAACGGACGAAAUAACUCGGCCGGAUGGAGAGUUAGGCUGCAAUGGCUCCUUCGUAAUGUGACCUCUUUGGCAUUCCCACCUGUUAGGAUCCGAGCCGACCACCCCCUCUUUGUGUGAGAACCCGGUCCAUCGUGCGCGGACCAGGUCGCGUCGCACACGUAGUCAGGCUAUUUAAUUUUUUGUCAGCCACUGCGUCUGGUCUUGUCUCUAGUUCUUUUGACUUUGUCUUGUUAUCGAGGCCAGGUGGACGAGAGAGGAGAUUGUGCGGUAGGCGCUGCGCAAGUCUAACAUAAACAUAAACUAAUUCACGCGCAAGUCACCGUUCCUGCGCCUGCCAUGCUCCGGCUCCCGGGGCAGACAUUGUCGUUUGCGACGGUGGAACCCUUCGUGUCGUUGUAGCCGUCUUGAAAAUGCACGAUAACGACUCCAACGUACAGUUCGUGACUGAUCUCAUGAAAUGUUAGCCGGAAUUCUAAGACGUGUUUUCGAUUAGGAAGGAUUACUUGGUGGGAUUGUAAUUGUGAUUAUCAGGCGGCAUAAUCCCAUGAUAUUUUGGAAUCGCCAGGGUGUUGACCUUUCGAUCUCUUGUUAAAACCGCACUUGGUAAAAAGACUACUUAAUUAGUGCGAGUUUUUCAUGUUGAUUUUCUAUAACCCUGUAAAUUGACAUACAUUUUAUAGAAAGCAUGCAUAGAAUAUGCCUUCUUUUGUUCAUUUGGUAGCAAAUCACGUCGUCUUUACAUUUUAUAUUCGAAGAAGGGGUAGUUUUUGAUUUUAAAAGGUUUAUUAUGGGAUAUUUUAAGACUGUGCAAUUUAUAUUAAUACAAAAUCGCACCUGUUCGUUGAUUAAUGUUCCUCAUAAAAUAUAUAACGUAGUCCGCAUCCAUUACGAAAAUUUGCUAACUCUGCAUGACACCUUACAGACGCGGAAGGUGUACCCCUUGUAGAAUGAAAUCGUUAAACGCCAAUGCGACGGCUGAUCUGGCUAAAAAUUAUUCGGGCAUUGGAAAACACUUCCAAAACUUAGACAUACCAUUUCUUCGAGUAUAAGACGUGAAGAUGACGUGCUUUUCUACCAAAUGAGCGAAAGAAAGCAUAUUUGUGCAUGUUUUCUAUAAAAUAUGUUUUAAUUUAUAGGACCAUCAAAAAUCCAUGUGGUAACGCAUACUGGUCACUGGUAAUUGUUUACCAAGAACGAUCUUUCGCUUAUAUUGACUUACCUAAUUUUGGAGUACCUUAAAUUUAUUCCUAAACACGUUUUUUUCGUUCGGAAUAAAUGUCAGAAUAAAGGUAUGUCAGCUUACAUUCCUUGAGCUUAGAGCAGAUCUAGAGUUGAACCCAACAGUUUAUAAUUUUACUCAAUCACUCCUCUUCAUCGGUAAAAAGAUAGUUCCAAGCAAAGUUUUCCCUCUUUCCUCUUUUAGCUUCAGACGAUACAAAACAUAACCCCAACUGUUCGGCAGGAUUCCGAACAGCAGAGGCGGCAAUUAGCGCAGACCAUCGCGCGUUUGAAUACUCAAAUUCAGGAAGUCAAAAGUGAGGUGGCUCAACUGAAGCAGAAUCCCGUGCUUCGACUUCAACAGCUUCAGUCCUCAAUGUAUGUUGGUUUAAACAAUUACUAACGAUCCAUGCAACACGACUUUUUUAAAAUGGAUAAGUAGCGCCGGAGAUGAUCCGUUUAUACAAUUACUAAAAGCCCGAAGUCAGUCCAUGUCGUCGUGCAGUAUCCAGAAUAUCCAUGCGCGAGUAUUAACAUGUGGUUAACUCGCACCUUCUACGUGUGCACAUCUCAACAAUGCCAAUGCUCACCUGCGUUAUCUGCUCAUGAAAACGAAUCCAAAAAUUUUAUAGCUUCCGCCGUUUCCCCACGUUUAUGUGCCCUUUUUCUGGUGAUAACUCUCUCUCUCUCUCAUGCACAUAACCUACGCCAAUGCCAGAACCGACGCCGGCAGAGGCCGAGGCAGAUGUAAAAUGAUUAGCUGAGUGGCAAAACUAGGGAAAUUCAACGAUCAGCAGACCGUGGUGACACUAAGAACAUCUUAAUGACAGAUAGAGCGGUUCACGUCCCUCAAUUCAAGGGGACUGCACCACUACUCAUCUUGGUAACAAUCGGGAGAUGGCACCCAAAAAAAUCAGUUACCUAGACAUAAUACCUUUAACAGUGGACUCAAACGCCUUCAGGCUAUAUCAGCGAUCGCAGGCCUACUUUCACGCGUUACUUGGACUUUCCCUGACGGCCUAACAUGGGCUGGCCGAACGAACAUCGCAGGAGGUUACGUGGACGAUGGUCGCUGUUACCCAACCUUCCCCAUCCUUACACACGUACACCUGAAUAUACGGCAUACAUUCGCAUUAUGGCAGUUUAUUACAAAACAAAAUCACUUUUAAAUAGGAGAAGUCUGCACAACAUGGAACAGGAACAGUUCCCAGGCAUCUGUCAGAGACAUGGCAUUGAGGCCAAACUAAAGACGAUACUGUACUUCGUCUUUGUGAGCCCACACAGCUCGCACACAUACAGCGCCUCCCUCGGGGAGUUUCCUUUUCAGUCUACUCCAGUAUGCCUCAAUAGCAUUGGUGUGCCGUCCGUGGUAGGGUUCUUGAAGUUCUUUGAGUGGUUAACAGAGAAAUGUAGAUAACCUUCUGAGGGAAGACGAUUAUACGCCUCCCACUCGUCCGUUACCACUAUACGGCCUUUGGCGACCCAUUUUGUAAUAACGGAACGGAGAGCGGGCCAACUUCGAUCAUUCGCCUGUUCAAAUAAGGCUUUCCGUCGGCUAGUAUCGUACAUCACGACCAGCCACCACCCAUAAAACCCCUAUUACCACCUGUCCCGUAAGACAGGCUGCUUUGGUUAGACGGAUUUUUUGGGUGCCAUCUCCUGAUUGUUACCCUCAUCUUAGGCGGGACGACCAUACUGUCAGCGAAAUCGUUGACUUUAGAGUCCUGAGCCGCGUAUUUCGGGGUUAUCAUAAACCACCCGCCUACAAUCUGCGAGGAAACCAUGAGCCGGUUUUCCCAUAUGGGCACCACUAUCAACUUUGAUCGUCUAUCUUUCCUGCGAGAAGCAGUCAAAGUGAUUAAACAGCUGUCCAGUAGGAAAGCACUGGGUGUCGCCUCAAUUCCAGCCGAAAUUUUGCAAAUAACACUGCCUUAAACUUAUGGACAAUUUUGCCUUACUACUUCGGGCUAUGUGGCGACAAGGACAAAUAUCAAAUUUCAAAGGGCAAACGAAACUGACUAAUCGGCAACAAGCCUCGCGGAUUCUUUCUUUAGUCAUACUGACAACACAUUCGCCCGUGUACUACUCAAUGUCCUAAAAUGGAUCUGGGAGUGGGAAGUCCUUACAGAAACACAAUGUGGAUUCGGGAAAUUUCGUAAGACCACCCACGUAGUCUUCGCGACUCCCAACUGUAAGAAAAACAUUAAUAACUUAGGAUCAGACUUCAAACCACCCUUGUGGAUCUGACAAAACCCUUCGGCACAGCGGAACAAAAGAAAUUCAGAAAUAGCUAGUCAAUAUUGUCCGGGAUGAUUCAUUCAGAUGGUCAAACUUCUGUAUGACGGAUGAUGGCGCGCGGACGAUGGGCUAAUCCGGAGAACAUUUCCAAAUUCGAAUGGAUGGAGGAAGUGUUACGUGCUUGCCUCCAUCGUAAACCUCGUUUUCUCUGCCACGCUAGUAGGUGCUUACCAUGAGGACUUAGCUGGAGACAGCGCCAACUAUCAAAUCGGCGGCCAGCUACUCAGAAUCCGAUGCAUGCAAUCAACAACCAAAGUAUUCAAGAUCGGUGUAAACGGCCUCUUAUUUGCCAAGGACUAUGCGUUGAACAUCGCAGCCGAAGUAAGCAUGCAGCAGAGCGUGGCCCUCUUUGCCUGCGAUUACCUAAAUUUCGGAUUCGUCGCUAACACAGAGAGGACAGCGGUAAUGCACCAACGGAGAAGUACAAUGGACCCACGGAAGGUGUAAAAGGAAUUUGCCUUGCGCUUGUGAACUAAUUCGUCUAUCCACAUAAUAGCACCUCUAGAAAUAUCAAGAGUGAAAUUCCAAGGCGGAUCUCCAAAAGCAGUUAGGUUUUUGGCAGACUACAAUCACUGCGACAGCCUCAACACGAAAUUAAAAAUGUGCGUAGCCGUCGUCCUGACUAUCCCUCUGAACGCGACGAAGAGCUAAGUAGCGUAUCAAAGUCAGACAAGCAGACCUCAGUUGCCUUCGAAGGAUACGGAAGUUAGGGUGAACGGAGAGGAGCCUGGACGCUGAGGUCCCGGAAGGGAAGGAAGCGCUCGGCAUUUGUGCUAUUUUGAAGCAGGUUCAUUUUCACCUCGUGAGGAUGACUAACGACUGACUGUCCAAGCAACUACUCUAUGAUGACAUCCCUACGAGUGCUCGCAGACGAGAGGAACAAAGUCGGCGACAAAAACACUCUAAAAUCCUCUCUUAAAUACCCGCAAACCAACCAUUGAACUUGAGAAGGCUUUGCACCACGACCAACAUCGCCAGUUCCAAAAACUUGCCGGUCAUUCCGCACUUUCAUCUGACAUUCUGGGUUGUCUUCGUUGGAUACUUUCCGAUCCACUACAGUGUCAAAAAGGUCUAUUCACCACCCACAUCACAAAAAACCGCCACCUCGAAUAUCAGCGCUGAAGACACUCUUCGUAGCUGCCCCCGAUAUAACACGGCGCUUCGGUCCCGAUUGGGCCUGGUCAAACACCUUUGUAUCCAUGGAGUAUCGGAAACGUCGCAAGGACACCCUCCACCAGCAUUGAAGACACAGUGCCAACUUGUUUCUCUUGGGACCGCGCGUUUCAAUCACGCGUCGGCUUGUCUGGUUUCUUGCGAGUCUACGGCAGUACAACUGCAGAACCAGGGCCUGCAACCCCGACUAACACGCCCUUUAAUUUCCGUCUUGCCUGCCCAUACUGUCCGAGAACAUGCAAACAACGCGUUGACCUGCUUGGCCAAAUGGCAAAACACAACAGUGAUAGGAAAAAUAACACAAUUUCGGUCUGCCCUACACAGCCCUGUUGCACACGCACGCACACUAACGAACUGCUCUCGGGAUUAUUCGGUCACAGCCAUGUACACGUCUAGGUCCAGUGGAAUCUCGGUUGUUUCUUAUACAACAACCAUGUGCUGUAAUUUGCCGGCGUUGUAAUUACGGGCGCAACGACGUUUUUGAGAAUAUCCGCGUCAAAUUUACGCAGAAAACUGUGUUUUCAGUUAUUUCCGGUCACGUUGAGUAAGGGACCGAACUGCGCGUGACACAUGUGGACAGAGGCUUUCACGCCAAUUCAGCCACUAUGCGCACUUUCAUUAUUAGUCGGCAAUUUAGUACAUGUCUCAGUAUAAAUUACCUGACAUGCUUAUAACUAUAAUGUUUUAAAAUAUUACUAACUGACGGAAAAAAUCGACCCCGCUGAGGUCUUAGGGUCAAGUCAGAAUACCUCCAUCCCGCUGUGGCCUUUUUGACACUGUCAUCCUUGUGGGAUCUGCGACCCCCCCUAUGCGGUCUGGUGCGUUCCGAGUUAGGGAUUAAGUUACAUGUGGCACGCGUACACGGGUUGUAGAGUUUUUUGGCCACUGGGCUCUCGCCCAUCCUCGGUUUCCUUAACUUUAUCUGUCCGCCUAAAUGCGGUGUGUGUGUGUCCCAAACGGGCCACGUGUUAGAUGCGCUGGACCAACACGGAGGGUCAUAUCGGAUUCUGGUAGGCGUUCUCUUUGCGCAAUAACAAAUGCCAACAUUUACGGGGUGCGCUGGCAGACCCUCUUGCCGGUAGUCGUCGCACAACUGGGGCCACUGCCAUCACCCCAUUGUUUUGUGCGUUAAAAUCCUGACCAUUUGUUGAGAAGACCAAGGUGUGUGGUAGAACGCCAAGGCGAGGAUCUGUCCAAGCCAUCAACCGGCAGCCUCCCUGAUCUCUGGUCCUCUUGACAUCGUCUUGACACCGGGCUUAGGCGGGGGAGGAGAAGAGAGUGUGGUAGAUGAAGCGCAAGUCUACUGGCAUUACAAACUCCUGUGCAAGUCACCGUCCCUGCUCCCACCACCCGCUGUGGGGCACACGGUGGACAUCGUAGAAAUCGACGGUCGAACUAUCGUUUGUGCAUGGGUGUGUGUGUGUAGAGAGUGAGUGUGGUAGACGCAGUGGAAGUCCGCUUGACUGCAAACAAAAUCGAGCGUUGACCAAGACCGUGUGACCCUUCUUGCUGCAAAAAUAUCUAGUCUGAAUUUUAUGAUCCACACACAGGACAUUUCAGUCGUCUGUCUCUGCUGUAAAUUUGUUUGCUUUACACAAGUUAAUGUCCACAAAUUGGGGAGGAUAACGCUAUCAGACGCAUUCUAAAUGCCUUUUCGUUGGCUGCUGCCCGUGUAUGUUCGUUCCUCACUUCUAUCACAUAUACUCCUCAAGCAUGCACGGUUCUGCCAAAACACUAUGCUAAUAGAUGUUUCUAUUUUUCUAUAUGGCUGAUGACUCUUAAAAUUGACACGUCAUCCAUCUCUUUCUCUCUCAUAGUUUUGCUAUCAAAACCGCCAUCUCGAACUCCGAAGCUCGUCGUCUCGCUACAAAAGUGGAUAUCCGAAGUGGUGUGAAACAGUUCAAGAAGUUAACCGGUGAGAACGAAAGGUUAAAGAAGGUGAGAGGUCAUUUGAGCUGUAUCUCAACCAUAGAAUGAAGACUAAUUCUAUCCUGAUUUCUCAGCAAAUAUAUUAAUUGUGAAUAGAAAAGGAUUCCGCUGUUUGAGAUCGGUCUCUGCGAAUCGCCUUCCUUGUCCCCACACCCCAGAAAUGUCUUGAAGUACUUCAAAUUUCAAGACUGAAUCGGCUGUACCUUAAUUUUAUGCACGUAAUGUAAAUUUUCGCUAACUAACGAGUAAAUUUGCAUUUUUUGUCAACUAUUUUCCUCUGGCUGUGGAAAAGUACCUAUUUUAGCGGCUCGCAGGACGUGGGAGGGACAGUGUGCAGAUCAUUAUUCUUCCAUACAGAAACAGGCCUACUAUAUUUUUAGACGUCCUUUCAGUUCGUCGGAAGGACAUAGACAACAAACUCUUUAAGCAGUGUUCACCUGCCACAAUAUUCCGCCAGACAGUCUAAGAAUUUCAAAUUGCUUUGCAAUUUAUGUGCUCCAGGCAAAGGCAGAGCAGUUCUGAUCUAUAGUUAACAGUUGGAAAUGAGGAAGUAGGCACGGCCGGAAAACGCGAGUCCUCAGCUGAGAUUGAACUGGCUACCCUGUCGGACGGUGCAGGCUUUUUGCCUGCUUGAGUCUUCCAAUUGUUUAUAGUCUGCUACUUGACAUAGUACAGAUUGUACCACUCUCUAAUGCGGAGAUAAAUACAGUAGGGGAGCUAAUUAAUGAAAUCUCAACAGAAAUUGCGAAAUGCGUUUCCGUUUCGAAAAGAUUAAUCAAGUAGAAUGUAAAACCAAUCAGCGUGCAGCAUAACCCCAUAAUAAUUCAGUUACCCCUAGGCGCCGGCUCUCGAGCAAACGUCUUUUCGGCUGCAUCCAAAAACCAUACUCCGUAAAAACAAUGACUAGUUAAGUAGCAUGCAUUUUUUCAUUGAUUUUCGGUGCCGUUAAAGAUUAAAUUAUAUUCCAUAGAAAACAUGCAUGGAAAUAUUCAUUCUUUUGCUGAUUCAGUAGACAAUUACGUCUUCUUUCAAUUUUAUACUCGAAGGAAGGGUAUAAUUCGGUUUUAAAAAGUUUCUGAUUGUGAGAUUUUUUAAUACCGUGAAAUGGCUCUUCAUAAAACGUCCUGUCUCUGUAUUAACCAAUUUGGCUUGUAAAGAUAACAACGUGAUUCAAAUUCACUGCUUAAUCUUACGAACCCCAUCUGGUCUCCUCUUAAAACGGUAGAGAAAUGUAUGGUUUUCCUUACGCAGAAUAUACGGCUUGUAGUUUUGGAAUCCUGAAUGCAAGUGUAACGCAGGUCGGGUUAAAAAUUAUUCGGGAAUUGAAAAAGUCUUAUAAAACCAAAUUAUACCCUUCCUUCGAGUAUAAAAUUGAAAAUAGAUAUAAUUGUCUACUGAAUAAGCAAAAGAAUGAAUAUUUUUAUGCAUGUGUUCUCUGAAAUAUAAUCGAAUCUUAAAGGGUAUCGAAAGUCAAUAAAAAAAUUCAUGCUACGUAAGUGGUCAUUUUUAUGGAGUAUGUUUUUCUGGAUGCAGCCGGAAAGGCGUUUGUUCGACAGCCGGCAUCCUGAGGUAACUGAGUUAUUAUAGAAUUAUGCUGUGCGAUGAUUUGUCUUACAACCCUACUUAAUUUAUCUUUUGGAAACGAAAACGCAUUUCGGAAUUUCAGUUGACAUUUCAUGAGUUAGCCCACUUACUAAUUCGAAACUUCCUUUACCUCUAAAUCUUGAUGGUCAAGUGAAACGCGAGUCUUUGUAUGGAUUACCACAGACAAAAGGCAGCGGAAUAAGCAGAAUCCAGUCUACGUUGCAUUACUGUCGGGCAGAAGAUACAUCUGAUUUCGUCCUACAUACCUUAAAUUUUGAUUUCAUUAAAUUAAAUGAUGGGUGUUUUACUAAGCACCGGUUAUAGUGGCGCUCUUCCUUUAAGUUUGCAACCUACACCGCAACUCUACAGCGUAGGCACAUAAAAAUACUCGAUUUGGUAAUUGUAUUGGGAACCAGACGGUUCUAUCUGCGACUUCCUUUCGAUUUACAAUACCUUCAUAGUUGAAAAUGUUCUAUUCCACGCAUGUAACUUUCGUGCAGGUGUGUGUACCGGUCUGGACGCAUUUCUGUGCAGGCAUCUGCGUCUAUCCUUGAUUACUUCUAAAAUUCUACUGAUGGUAUUUCACCCACAGCAUCGCACCUAUUUAAUAAUGUUGUACUAUUAUGUUUGCGAUGAUAAUGCUAAAGAAAAUAAACUCGUCUUCUGCCUAAUUUUGAUAUUUCAGCAACUGGCCGAGUUGACUGGGUUAAACAGCCAACUUUCGGCUAUUUACCCACGGUAAACCGCAAAAUCAUACGAAUCUCUCUCCAAGCACUCGUCCUUACAACCCUGCUUCCUGCAAACUAACCUCUUUUCUUCACCCUCAUAACCACGCAGACAUGGUUUCAGGGGUUGAUUAACCUCGCAGUAACCCAUAGGGCCUCUCAUACUACAAUGCACAUUCCCCUGCUCUCUUAAAUGCCACAGCUGACGUAGCUUCCUGUUGCAAGUUAAUAAGUAGGAUGGCAAAUCCUGAAUGCUCCUAAUGCAACGGGUACGUGCCCCGAGAAUUUGGUGUAACUGCUCUUCGGCCCACGGGUUCCUAGUGGGGUUACAAUGCUCUUGCGAGUGGUGUGCGCCAAUCUCUCCCUGAUUGCGGUGUCUCUGUUGGUAAAGCUUCGCACUGCACGAUGAAUGAAGCACUAUCUGCUUCAUUCGUACUAACCUGCGUACAUUUGGAGGUUUUUAAAGGGGUGACACAGGAGUACUGAUAUGACAACACAAACUUCAAGGAGAAGAUGUAUUCAGAGCCGCGUCUUGUUUUUAAUCUGCAGCCUUGACACGCCCUGUUCAGGCUGAGGUUUUAAAAAGGGUGGGGUAAAGAAAGAUUGGUUUGUACGAAAAAAACGAUAGAAAGACAGUUGUCGAUCUUUGCGAUUUCUUAACUAACUUAAGACAAAGACUCUCAGUGUUCUCAGUCACCACCAGUUACGCAAGAGCUUAAUCGAGUAACUGGAACAUAAAACAUGUGUCGUUCUAUGAGACACGAGACACUGGCAUACGUUUUUUCUCAUUUGUGCUAGUCUGCCUAAAUAGAAAUCGUUCUAGUUUACGGACCAUUCGGAGCGCUCGAUGAAUCGUCGAGUUAAAAAAUUUUCCUUGUACAGUUCGAGAAACAAACCUCGAUUUUCACUAAAAGUAAUGAUACCCUUCUGUGUUGGUCCAUUUGCUGGGUCGACUGGGGUUUCAGCUCAGUUGACGUCGUUUUCUGCAAGUUAUGCCAGAAAAUUGGGUGUUGAAACCUCUGUUCACAACAGUAUGCCCUGAUAAAUUGUAGAAGGCUGGAAACUUCUCUUGAAGUGAGGCACUCACGCAUGCUUUAUUAUUUCAUUUUCAAGAUGUGAUCUUCAGAAAGGCGGGCCACUUCGUCCUUCUUGUCCUAUUCGUCACUUAAUCUUCCAAAGGACAGUUUAACCAUCGUGACCGACAGUGUCCAUAGUAAGCUCCGCAGCAGGGUAAAAACGGAGACGGUGACUUGCGCGUGAAUUGGUUUAUAGUUAGAGUACGCUUGUGCAAAAUUUACCGCACUCUCCUCCUCCCCACCUGCAUCCAGUGUCAAGACAGUCAAAAGGACCGGAGGCGGGAUAGGACGCAGGUGUGGCCGGCACGGCAUAAAUCCUCACCUAGGCGUAACGCCACCCCCUCCUGGUCCGCAAUGCACACUGACCUAGAUUCUGCGAACAACAAAAGACAAGGGAUGGCGACUCAGAUUUCAAAAAAGUAGCAGGAGCCAUUGCGGCCUGACUCUCAGUCCACUAGCCCGCCGCUACACACAAACACGCACAAGGGCUGGCUGUGAGAUCCUGGUUAUCUCGUCAGUUAGCAGCCUUCUAAGCCACGGCUUUUAGCGCACCAUGAUAGCUCAAAGGGCGUCAGAUUGUUUAUAGGGAGGAAAGUGAGCUGAGACGUUGACCUCGCUCUCCGUCUCCACUCCCAGGCCCCAGCCGCUGUCCGAGCUGGUCAGACGUCUGGUGCGAAGAAUGGGCGCAAUAGCCGACAGAGCUGAAAACAGCCCGUCUGCGCAUGCCACACACACGGAAUGGCUCCCCAAACGCACGCACCAGGAUUUCACACACACAAGAGGAUAGAACGCUCGUGCCUCAUAUGUGGCAGAGGAACCACGUGGAGAAAGGAGUCGAAAAGCAGACUUCCCGUUUGCAGUAGAGGUGCCGGCGAUGUGGAGUGUUGGAAAUGUUUAUACAUGGUGCAUGUGUUGAUGAGGAAGUGCUCGGAAACGUGCUCAUGCCUGCGUUGAUUUGCCGUAGGUUUCCAUGAAUGCGCAUGUGACAGAAUUGACCCGUGCGAUGACUGAAUGUGCAGGGGCAGUGCGGGCAAUUGAAGGCGUGGGAUCUGGUGUGUCGGUGCUCUAGGCACUGAUUCGCCAGUCUCUGUGCCAUGGAUUCGCCAGCGGUCGACGGGGCCGAUACAUGGGGUUAACGCGCAGUGACAGUUUGGGCACACACCUGCCACUUCCUCAUACCUAGUUAGUAAGCAACCUUUGGUACACCAUCAGGUGGACUUCCCUUGAGAAUGAAGGUGGUAGGAAAACGUUCGGUGCAUACUCUAGUGGCAGCGAUCUUUCUCACCCUUCAGCAAAUCACUUUUUGAGAAUUUGACAGUAUGUGAAACAUCUAAGGUAGUUUGUAGCGUCUAAAACUGAAACCUCUUAGUAAGACUGAGGAAGAGUGAACGCUCACAGUAGGAGGAUGUUCGCUUGAGACAGAAGUGAUAGUGAUAUCUCAGAAUUGUAGUGCCUGCUGUGAUCUUGGAGAUCUCAAAUCCACUCAGUUUAUUUGGGGUAAAAGGCAGAAGCCCUUGAAAAUUCAAUUAAAAUGGGUAAGAUGUGAUAAACGCAACACUGUUGGGUUGGGGUCAGGGUAAGGGCCUGGGAUUAGGGGUUACGGUUAGGGUUAGGGGUUGGGACAAAUAUUUCUCAACGACUCAGGUACAGCCGUGCUCUUCCACUAGCUUUUCUUUUGCAUACAGGUACUUGACCUCGUUGCCUGUGCGCUCUCCAGCCCCAUCUGUAAAAAACCCUAUUACCACCUGUCCCGUAUUACAGGUGGUUGGAAUUUGUUUACUUCAGCCAGGGAUACAUAACCACAUCUCAGCAAAAAAGAUAAAAAAAUAACUUUAUUAAAAGAGGAGUGUUCGAAUCCGUCUCAUAGCAGAGGUUUGCUGAUUGUUUGGUUUUCCCAAUUCUCAAAAUUUUGGUUAUCAGUAGGUUUGCUUCUUUGCUAGUGGAUAUAUAAACUAAUAGGACUUCCCCAAGUAUUACCAAUUACAGGGCGCUUACCUUUUUGCACCAGUUACUUGUCGAUUGGCAGUUGAUAGUGACUUUUAAAAUUCAAGCAAUUCGAGGGGAACACUCCUAUCGUAUCCUGAAGAAAACCUAAUUUUCGAGUAAAAGGUGUUGUAGACGCUGCAGAGCUACUAAUAAGGUCCAGGACGUUAAUGACGCUCUCAAAGCACUUCUUUCAAAGGCGCUCAGAUGAUAACCGGUAGAGCAGAACUAAACCUGAACUACACGGAGAGACUGACAAUUUAUCAGGUCCCAAAAUAACCCCUAGUCCAAGUACCAUAAAAACAGAUCCACUUUUAGACCAUUCAAAGUAGACGCUUCAAAAAUCACUAGGAUAUCCUAUUUGCUAUUCUGCCGGUGAGUGGAGUGCAUGUUUACCCAGGCUUCAUUGACUUCAUUAGAAUGAGCAAGAGGAAUGAAGAAGUGGGUUGUGCCCACUUGCACAAAAAUGGCUUGGAAUCAGUUUGCCGGCUGGUUGUCCUAAUGACACAACCUGCGAAAUGAUCAACAGUUUUUCGCAUGUAAACAUUUAUGCCUGUGUGAGACAGUUGUGCGUUGUGUAGCCUUCAGAUUUAGCUAUCUUCUUGGAUGGUAGUCAGUCUAUCGUGUCACAUGGUAGAAUGCUCCAUAAUCUUGUCUACACUAAUGUGUUGAGUUCGUGAGUUAAAGAGAGAGAAUGUGUGUGUGAUUUAGCGAGAGACCUGCCCGCCGUAAACACCAAACCAGUCCGAUCAAUUUUGGCAGCAGCAUCUUACGAUGAGGGAUUGUAGCGCACGCCUAUUCAACGGGUAAAUGGUGCAACGCGUCUAUUAAAAUCAAAGGGGGGGGGGUGAGCAGCACCAGAAGACUGUUGAUAUAUUGUGGGCAACCACUAAGGACUCAGAACUACAAAUCCCGCGCCAGGCGUUCGCGUAUCGUGAGGAUGAAUAUUAAGCCUCUUGACCAAAAGUAGGAUUCGCGUAGGUAUCCCAUCGAAUGGCCAAACGCCUAAUUUCCCGUCCUCUUAGUGAAGACUUGACAGCUACACUCCUCGAAGGAUAGAUCUUUUCGGCGCCUUCUAAAAAACAAGAUUUCGUGUCACUGAAACCUCCCUAGACGAAGGAGGGUUAACUAGGAGUCAAAAAUACCAUACUAAGACUCCUCACAGAGCGGUUAUUACGGAGAACGAGACCCUCAAAGUCGCUUUUUUACUGCGAUUUUCCCGCUCCUUCGCAGUCUAACUUCCCGAGUUUGCUUCUGCUGACCUGCCUUUUGCUUAUUCAUGGGGUCAUUGCGAUUAAAGGAGUUUCGUUUAUCUCAUUCGUUUCGAUUUGACAAAAUUUCCACCCUCCCCGGACUUCAGGCUGGACGACGCAGAACGCCUGGAACAGAGGACGACGGAGAUGCUGUCCGAUCAGAUACGUCGAGUGGAUGAUGCAAAAGCGAAACUGAAGACCCUGACUGAGAUAGUAAGCAUUUUAAUAUUGUCGAACGUGCUUGCAGCAAUUAGGAAGCCUUCUAAAAUAGUCUUACUGAAUUUGCACUCUAGGUCUAACUAGAUUCUUUCGAGUGUGUUAAAUUUGCAACAGGCUUGAGCAUGAUUUCUGAUUUGUUUUAGGGGUAAGAUAUGGUUAUGUAGCCCCACCUGGAGGACACAGUAUUGCUGGGGUUGGGGUUAGGAGUUAUUGUUAGGGAUAAGGGUCAAGGCUAGGAUAAGGACAACUAAUUAUCAAUCCCUCACAGUACAACCGCGCAUUCCCAAUAGCUUUUAUUUUGCAUACAACUACUUGACCUCUUUGUCUGUGUGUUCCCCGGCUCCACCUGUAAAAACCCCUAUUAUCAACGGACACGUAUUUGAGGUUGCUGGGUUCGUUUACUUCAGGUGGGGCUACAUAACCGCAUCUGACCGUUUUAGGCAUUUUAUGAGUUUCGUCUCGUCAGGGCAAAGUAGCUACGGUGAGAGCCUUUUAGCCUUCUCGGAGCUCCCCUCCAACGCCUAGACUGCCUGUUGGACUAGAGUUAGCAAAGGCUCAUGCUGUAGUUAUAGUAUAUGGGACUGCGGAUGACAAAAUAGACAAGUAACAACGAACAGAUUUGGAGCUUUGGGAGUUUUUUUUUCUAGGGGACUGAGGCGUCUAAGUUUACAGGAAGUUUAUGGGAGCGGACAAAUAGCGUAAUAAAAUAGUUUUAGAUUAAAAAUUUGCUAUUGGAUGAAGGACUUGUUCAGAAGCACUGCCGACGAGUAGGAUCAAAAUUGGAACGAUCACUUUUGGUCCAUUUAAUCGCACCAACCGGCCAUUCCACGUCUUCUGAUUGGGACGGCGUAUAUGAUUUGAAACACCAACCAGUUUAUCACUGAGCCGGAAACCGCCAAGUCACAGGCUCACACCACGUCGGCUGUUAUUGCUGAUAUUCAAGGUCACCUAACAAUUUCAGUUUCGCUUGUAUUUACCAGUACAACUUCACUACUAGCUGUUUUUUUACCUCCACGCGACCAUCCGUAAGAGAUCAAAACAAAAUCUUCUCUAAGGGUAAACUGGAACGUUCACAUCCCUUCCCACAAUUAGCUAGAAUGGUGACUGUCAUUCUCACAUGGCUUUAAAUGGCACGUCACGCCAGCCAAACUCUACUAGGGUCCUAGGCAGGUUUACCAGAUCGAUUAAACACUUGGUGAUGCGACACUAAAGACGUGUGCAGUGCUAUUCUCGGAAAUUUUCUUUCACACGGUCUGCACUAAGCUGGAGGAGAGCGUGUAGAUCUUUACAUAAGUCCAAUUGCGUACACUUGUAUGUGUUUUUCUUCAAGCAUGCGGAAGAGGAGAAGAGUCAGCUUGAUCUGGUUCUGCAAAUUGAGCAGGAGAAAGAGGAGUAUGAACGCCGGCUUAUGGAGACCAAGCAAACCUUGGCUCGUCUUCACCGACAGACUUUUUUUACAGCCAGUGGUACAAGACCGCGAGUGCACUUCGAAACUGGUAAGCUUUCUUUGAGUGGGAAAAAGAAAACUGAUUACUGUCUGUAGCGGCAGUUGUUGGCCAAUGUCGUGGUUGCAAAUUACAAUCCUCUUAGUAUUUUCCUCCUGAUGCUACAACAACCGUGUUCGGCCCUUAGCUUGCUGGCCAUAAAAUGAAAUAACUAUGGCAGUGUCAGUAUACCUUACCUUUAUCCAAAGUUCAUUCGCAGACUCAUCAGAAAUUGGUGAGCUUAACUUCCUAUAACAGUGUAGCAUUUCGUCUAACAGGAAUGGAAUGGGUAGUAUCAAGGAUAAUCUCCCCUUUUCAGUAGAUUAUCGUUGCCAAAGCAGAAGGCGUGCCAUACGCUUGCACCUCUGCUGCACUUUCCGAUUAAAUUAUUUGCAAAUUACGCGUCCAUGACUAGAAAUGGGGAUGAUCUAAGGGUACAGAGUGCAUAACCCUGUCUUGGUAAAUGACUAGGGUGGUCGUAUGGAAAUGGGAUACAGAAGAACCGAUGUGCACUUAAGUCAGACCGACACCAAUGCAAUUCUUGAACAGAACUCUAAAGGGAUAAAAGCGCGGGACAGAGGAGGGAGUUGCGCGCGACGGUCUCCCUGUUGGUUCACCACCCUUCGAAUGAUUGGGACUUCUGUCAGUCGGGGAGAAGACUGUUCGGUCGUCGGAGCCAGUUCUUUUUUUGUCAGAUUUUGAACUCCUGCAGGAGUCCAUUGUCAGACGUGAAAGCGGUAACGGAACAAGCAACAGGUGUAGGGGAUGUGAGUCCAACAAACGUCAGUGACUCAGGUCUGGAGGUGAAUGCGCAGGGCUCUGUAUGUCGGCGCCAGAUCGAUACGUCGAUUGACUGAAUCCUCACUCGAGGCCCAGGCUUCAAUCGAUUCGCGGUUUGUCCUACUGCUGGCGUUGGCUGUUAUCUUCGAGGGUUCGAAGUUAAAUUCAUGAUCCCUUUCGGUGUGGGCAGCCACUCAUGGUAAUCCGUCACCUCGUUGCACAGCCAGCUCAUGUUCGGGUAUGCGUAAUCCGAGCAUGCGCUCAGUCUGACCUCUGUAAUUACAAAGACAGGCACGGGAUACACCCACUGUUCAUUGGGAUCCAAUCGGUCCUUGGUUUUCAUUAUCUUGCCGCGCAUGCUAGAUUUGCGCCGGUCUACAAUCCCAACACCUAGUCCGACAGCAAUGCGCUCAGUCACCUCUGACGCAUUAUUGAUGCAUGGCAGCACACAUCAUACCCUAGGUGCUGGUUUUGAUUGGGUCCUCCGGAGACGAACACGUAAGCAUCGACUUCUGGACGCCUUCGGAUAGCUGUUCCGCAUAACAUGGUCGCGGGGGCCUCGCGUGCUUUUUUCCCGGUUUGCUGCAAUGAGUAUAGAUCCGUUUGGAGAAUGUUUUCCCACAGCUUCCUUUGUGAGCCAGCGAAUGUUUGCUGUAUAAACUGGGAAGUUGCAUGGUGUUUGCUGCCUUCCUGUAAACCGUUGUUUUAUUUCGCCGCCGUAACUUAGUCUGAUGAGCACAUCAAGAAAGGGCAGCUACUGCUCCCUUUCUUCCCUUGUGAAUUGCACAUCUGGGAAUAUUGAGUCAAACAGAGUAGAAAUAUCCCCGAAUGUUUUUUCCUGACGAUAACUAACGUGUUGUCAAAGCAACGUCAGUCUUUUCUUGCACUUCCCAGGACUGGUUACACCAAUAAACCAGAGAUUGGGGAACCCAUUGUAGUUCCCUUCAUCCGCUCAAAGGAUUCUUUCGCAAAGGCGGAGUAAGUCUUUCUGCAAAAUUCAAACAGCCUCAUGAGGGGAUAAUUUUGGAGCGGGCUCUGAGUUUCGUCGCAUGUCUCCUUAGGUUUCUAGUGCAAGACUUCUUGGACAAAACUUAGCUGGGUCGAUGUGAAUAACGACGUCAUAUUGAGAGAGACCAUAAUUUCGUCCACUUGAAUCCUCCGACCUCGGAGGUCUACAAGGAAUUGGGGGGCUGAUCAGACUGAGUGAAUCGAAUUUCACGAAUGAAGGCGAAAUUUCGAGUUCCAGGUGGAUGCAUAAGUGAAGAAGAGGAGUCGAGCACCGGAACACUUCGUUUAUUAUCCUUCUUGAUGACAGAGAAUUUUACAGACCAGCACAGAAGUCAGAAGCCAAAGCAGUGGCAGCUCGGCUGAGUAAACUGCUUAGAGAAUACCGACAUAAAAAUGUGAUCACGGAGAAUGAAUGACACCAAAUGAGGGCAACUGACACCGCUUUAGCCUGAUUCUAUGGUCUGCCAAAAAUCCAUAAAGCAAAUGUCCCACUUCGGCCAAUCGUUGCCCUAAAAGGCAGCCCCACACACAAUUUGGCAAAGUGGAUGUACUCAAAACUGAAGUUCCUCCAAGGCAAUUCGACUACCUCAGUUCGAUCAGCCUCGCAAUUCCUCAUAGACCUCCGAGGUCGGAGAAUUCAAUCGGACGAAAUCAUGGUCUCCUUCGAUGUGACGUCGUUAUUCAUAUCCAUCCCACCAAACGUGGCCCGCAAAGUCUUGCGCAAGAGACUUGAAGAGGCGUACGAUGAGACUCCGAAUGCCCUCAAAACUGAACACCUCAUGAUGCUGUUUGGAUUCUGCCAACAAACUUUCUUCAGUUUUGCGGGAGGGACCUAUGAACAAAUCAAGGGAACCCCAAUGGGCUCACCGUUCUCCGGUUUGGUGGCAAAACUGGUCCUACAGGAGUUAGAAAAGAUUGCCUUCCUCCAACACGAACCGGUGUUUUGGCGCCGUUACGUUGACGACUCGUCCGUCAUCGUAAAGAAGGACAUGCUGCAACAUUUCCACAGCCUGCUCAACGCAGUCUUCCCGGAUAUAAAAUUCACGAGGGAAGAAAAACAGGAGCAGCAGUUGCCCUUCCUGGAUGUGCUCGUCAGACGAAACCUUAACCGUGGACUUGAAACGACGGCUUAUAGGAAGGCAACGAACACCACACAGCUUCUCAGCUUUCACAGCAUCCAUCCGGUGGCUCACAAACGAAGCUGUGUGAAGACGCUCUUCAAACGGAUCCAAACUCAUUGCAGCAAACCGGAGGACAGAGCACGUGAGGCUCGUUAUCUCCGCGACCAGUUUGUGCAAAAUGGCUAUCCGAGGGCAUUCAUAAGUCGCUGCCUACGCGGUCGCCACCAGAGAACUCGAACAUCAACGCCACCGACGAUAUGGCAUUCUCUGCCAUACAUCAAGCGUGUUUCAGAAGCGACCGAGCGCAUUGCUGCGGAGCUAGGUGUUGGAAUUGCACACCGCCCCAAAGUCACCAUGCGCAGCAGGGUCAUGAAAAUCAAAGACCAGUUAAAACCUGAAGAGAAAUCUGGAGUAGUGUAUCGCAUCCCGUGUCAAAAUUGUCCUUGUAACUACACAGGACAGACUGGACGCAUGCUCGGAUCGCGCAUACACGAACAUAAACUGGCUGUGUGGCGAGGCGACGCAUUAUCACAAGUGACCGCCCACACCUACGAAAUGGGUCACGAGUUUGACGUCGCAGCCACCAAAAUAGUCGCCCACGCCGGAAACAAAACAGGCCGAGAAUUGAUUGAAGCCUGGGCCUCGGAUGAGAACUCGGUCAAUCGAUUUAUCGAUCUGGCGCCGGCGUACAGAGCCCUGCGUAGUUACCUCCAGUCGUGCGACGUCGGUCGAUGAUUGGGCCUACGUGCCUUAUAACUGCCGCUUGUCCUGUUUCUGCCACUACCUCUAACGAUGGACUCCUGUACGAGUCUAAAAGCUCAGGAUAAUAAACGAAGUGUUCCGGUGCCCGACUCCUCUUCUUCACUUAUGGAUCGAAUUUCCUUGGAGGAACUUUAGUUUUGAGUGCAUUCAUUUUGCCAAAUUGUAGGUGGGACUGACUUUUCGGGCAACGAUUGCCCGCAGUGGAACACAUGGUUUAUGAUUACGACUUCGGUAGCCGCAUCCUGUUGAAUAGAUCUUUAUGAUUACUCCGCAUAACUAUCUACUGUAAUCUUUUGAGUAGACACGUUUUCCAAAAUAUACAAUGAGACGCAUUAGGCCAGGAAACGCAAGCCGAAGCGGUUAUACGAGCAUGGUCGCGAGAAGACUUCCGGAAUCCUACGUUCAGGCACAUUAACUGGACCGCAGGCAGAUGAUUUCUAGAGGAUCAUUCUGUCUACCAUCAGGGUUCUAAGAUAGAUCGAUUGAUUCUUCAUAGACGAGUUGCUUCAUCUACCUUGGAUUUACCAUCAGGGCGAAAUCGAGUUUACCCGGGAGAGACGCCGACAGCUGAGAGGUUUACAGUAGAGAAGGCGUUUACCGAUAUCUUUUUAUUGCUCGUUUGGUGUCUGAUACAGCAAUUUCGAUCCCAUCAUCAGAGAUUUGCAGAUUCAGCGUGCCGCCAGCAAUAUAAGGUCGCAAGUUGGGACGUGCUGCUCUAUCCGUCCUUUAUACAAUCAAUGUCGACUUCGCUAGACGAUGCGUCAAAGAAACUGGUUUCUAAGGAUCUAACUAUUAAAAUACAGUUGUGAAGAAUGCAAAUACCCUGGGUAACCAGUUGCAGCAUACAUAUAAAUAAAUGAACGGCAUCUGACAGUGCCCGGGUUAGACUCGAAGUCACUGCUAGCAUCGUAUGCUGUCUAGGUUGGCCAUAAGUCCAACCUCGACUCAGUAAAAAUCAUAGGACGGGUAAUAAUUACACAGAAAGCGUGACAGGAUGCGGUGAUGUCUAAAGACCGGUCAUGCGAUCUUCAUGUCGACCUGCCGUUAAUGCGCGGCCUUAAGCAUUCGCCUAAGAUGAGUUCGUAUGUCCAGGCAAGAUGGCAGACAACAAGCGCAGACAUUACUGACCAAUUUAUCUGCAAAUGUCUCUGAUGAUGGAUUCGAGUGAGAAUCCGAAACGUCAGGCCAAUAAAUUUCUUGUUCCAGUGAUCACAUCUCCGUCUUCUGACCAAUUUUCAUUUGGCACUAGGCAAUCAAAGCGUAUGUGCUGGCCGGAAUCCUCAGUACAGCCGUUGCAUUAGACCACCUAUUUUCUGGUGAUUGAGAACCGACAUUAUUUUUUGAAACUUCAGAUGCACCAUCAGCCUGUUAUACUUCCAAGGCGUCCAAUUUUUACCACUGCCAGAAGUUAGCUUAUCCUGUGUAGAAUAUUUGUGUUGAAUUCCUGGCAAAAGAGGUUGGCGGUUGAUUCCCUACCAAGUCAUUAUGCGUGGAUGCGUGUGUCGGCUCUUUGGGCGAGUCAAUCAAAAUGUCAAUUGAACCGCAGCAGGGUAUUGCUAACUGUUUUGUAUCGCCGAUACGUGAAUAUUUGUGAUUGGAUGACCCCAAAUUGUUAUGCUCCGUAGUUCGCGUGCGUGGAACGUGCUUAUGUGUCUGCUUUACAAACAAAAAAUGUUUACGCACGAGCGGGUGCAUGCUGUUACAUGAAAGAACCAGCCAUGCUGUUCGCCGGGCGGUGUCUACAGGGCUACGGUAAACAAGACGACCUCUAAUGCAAUCACUUCGUUUAGCUUAUUAGAAGUGACCUUCCUUAACCCUUUCCAGCCCACGAUCAUUUCUUCCUUUCAGAAACAGUACAACAAGAGGGAACGCGGCUCGAACUCGGGUAUCGGCGGUAGAGUUUUUGAUCUCCAAUGCACAAACGCAUAGUUACUCCCUGGACAUGCAGGCCGUAUUAUUAUUAGACUGGUAAAAAACAGGUGCAUGGAGUGGGAGACUUUAUGAACACCACUGUGCAGCUCCUCUCAAAAAUCAUGAAGUAAUAAGUCCACGCCAGCGCGUCAAAUGUUAUUCAACAGACUUAACUCCUACCACUGACAGUUAGGGCAGCUUCCUUAGGAGCUUGCGGGGCGACCGUCAGUUUGUUCGUUCCAAGUCUUCAAAAAUGAACAACAGUUCCACUUGUUUGAGAAAUCAGACAGUGGAGAAAGCAAUUUCGGUAAUAUUUUGGGACUUCUCUGAAAGUACUAAGUUAAGGGUUAUGAUUAAUGUUGACUCUCGGCAGGCUUGUGAUUUAGGUGACGUGAAAACUUCACCUAGCGGGGUGGCAUUUGACAGAAGAGCUUGGUACUUCUGCCAAUGGACUCAAAAAGCAGAAAGGCGCUUAAGAACCGUAUCUUGGCUGGCUUUUCACGAGACAGAAAUUUACGACUUUGAUAAUCAUGAUAUUCUCUAUCUUAAAAACCUGGACUCAACAGUAACCAUGGAGGUACGCAUAUUUAACAUGUGUUUGACAGAAACCUUCGUCUGCAGUUUGCAUAAUAUCUCUAGAAUAGUGACAGUUGCCUACCACAUAAGAUACUAUAAAACAGUUGGAAUGGAAGACCCCUAUACCUUUCUCCAAGAACUUUUCUGCUUGGUGCAUCGGUUGGCUGGAAGAAUUUUUCGCCACCAGCGACCUUUUUUCUCACAUUUACGGGAUUGUUGUUUGUCCCCAGAAAGCGAACUCGGCUGCAGCGAUGCUGCUCACUCGGACGACCUUGAGACGGACGCGGAUCCAGAGGUUACCUUUGGAAAGCGUUGUGCCUUCUACUGUCAAGAGAUCACGCGUCUCAGGCAACGUACCAGCUGGCUGGAGGAGAAUCUUCGGGAAGUAGCCACCCAGAAGGUCACACCAGCGCGUCUCAAUGCCAUCAAGGCCAUGCUGCGAACAUCACAACAGCAACAACAACAACAACAACCAAACUCGUACGUUGAUCCCCGAAUGCUUCCUUCACCAAAGUAGACCAGACUGACCACUUGACAGUUUUUUCGUCGUUUCCCACGAUGUCCACUUGGCGCUGCACAUCAAGGUGGGAGCAAGGACAGUGACUUGCGUGCGAUUUGGCUUAUAAUGACAGUGGACUUGCGAUGCACCCACCUCACUCUCUCCUGCUCUGUCACCUGGGCCCGGUCUCAUGGCAGGGUCAAGAAGACCGGAGGCGAACUAGGACGCAGGUGGCUGGCGCGACAAAAACCCUUUGCGUGUGCUACCACAGCAGUUCGGAUUCCAUUGAGUAAGGGCGUCAUAGAGGCCACAUUAAGAAGGAGCCAUGCAUUCUGAUCCUCAGUCCAUCAGUUCACCACUCUACACAAACACGCAUUGGGCUGGUCGCGAGGUCCGAGUUCUCCCGCUAAUUUCCAGCCUUUCAAGACGCGGCUUCUAGCGCACUGUGAUAGUCUCCAACGCUCCGAAUUGUUUGUAGCGAGGAGUUACGGCCUCACUUACUUCACCCUAUGCCGUGCACCAGUCGGCUGUCCGCACCGGUCAAUCGACUGAUGUUGAGGUUGGCAGAGGUGACUGGCAGAGCUGAGAACAGCUCGUCUGAACGUGCCACAGACACGACCCGACUCCGCUUACGCGCACACUAAGACGUCACAUAGAAGGGGGGUAGGCAGCUCGGAUCUCACAUGUAGCAGAGAAGCCAUACGCAGCAAGAGGCUAAAGAGCACAGUUCACACUUACAUGAAGGCUGUCGGUGAUGUGGGAUGUUAGAGAUGUUCAUGUGUGGUGGCUGAUGACAGACACCACAGUUCAGCACUGACGUUUAUCCACCUCACUAUACCCAGUUUGUAAGUGACUCCUUGUUUUUACUGCAUAAAGGACCCCUGUCGAGCUCCAGUCUGCAGUUUAAAAUGCAACCGCCUAGAUGGGUGUGUCCGCAUUAGCAGAAGCCUCGGCGGAGACCUCUUGGAAGGAUAGGCUGAAGGCUGUAAAACGCUCUUAACCAUUGCAGAUAUAGAUAUCAUGGUUCUUGGUCGCUGGUUAUUUAGUCGACAAGUCCAGUGAGUGUAACGUACGCGUCAAUUUUCAAAUUCUCACAUAUUUCUGUCAUAACAUUCACGACCCUAUUUAGUUCUUCAAAAGAAACAGCGAGGGAGUAUUGUGUUCUGAAAUCAGGUCACAUUGUCGCGUUUUGCAGCCUCUUUGGGACUCACAAUGCAGAAAAUUCGUGCAAAGUACACACCCCAUUCCUUUACACGGUCGAAGCUUUCCCAAAGUUUGCUCCGAAAACUUGUUCUUUCUACUUCCGCCAUUUGUCAAAUUGUUUAUAAGUCAGCCAAGUGUAGGGCACUUUGUGCCUAUAUCGUCCUCCGAGCGUCACCCCCAUGUUGUUUCGCAAUGGACAGCAUUUAGAGCCUGUCUAGCGACACUGAUUCAUUUCUAUUUUACAAGCAGAAUCCCUCCCUCGACUGUGCACCCGGCGCUCUUCUAUUUGUCUGCUCAUUUUAACGGCACAUUCGUUGUCAUUACAAAAAUCAUAUUUAGCACUUAAGAGGAUACUAGAUGCAAUCGUCCCAAACGUUCAGUGAGGGUGGAAACUGGGAGUCAAUACUAUCUCUCUGACUUCCUGCGUUCAGGUGGGAAAACUACAAACAGAUGACCGGGUUACCUUCGGAAAGGGCGUUCGGAUGAAAACGACUAGAUGCGAUAAGUUGCUUCAGCCUGUUUCCACUUGUCCGUGCAUCCACCUCCUUUUCACAACUCCUGUCCUAUCCUUCCGACACAUGGGGUCACAACCCUGACCAUCGUUUAAGCAAAAUCGAUCACCGUUUUUGUCCUUUUCAUACUUGGGGGUUUUAACUUGCCAGUCAGACCUUCCAUGCUGGGCUUCAGCCAAUGUGAGCUGAUGCUUGAAGAUCUUGAUACUUCUCACUCUCUAGGGGUGUCAUCCGCCGUACGAAGAGGGGCAAUUCGCAGGCCCGUCCUCUGAGUAUGACCGCCAUUGAUCUACCAAUGAGGAGACUCCAGCUCGGCAAGGUCUCUGACAAUCGCCAGCAUGGUCAGUGUAAACUCGAUCGAUCGGUCUCAGAGGUGACUGUUCGCAAGUUUCAACCUCCAGUUCGGAGACCGGCAGUUCCUCCUUCGACGGCGUCGGACCGACUUGUCCGCUCUAAGAGUUUUCAGGAGUAUCGGCGUGACGCUACCGCCGCCGCAUCUAACAACACAAGAUAUGAAACGGGGACUUUGCCUCAUCGUUCAAUCUUUCGGCCACCCGCGACCAAUCGCAAUACUUUCUCAGCAUUUCGCUCUACAAAGGUUCGACCACGUUCAGACCAUGACCUCUGACUAGAACAUUGUGACUGCACUUGUUUAAUGUAAAUUUACUUCUCUCAUGUUUCCGCUAUGUGUGACAAUUAAAGCAGACAGUUUUUUGAGUUUAUUCUGUGGGUAUUUGCGAUUCCUUUUUUUCUUGUAGCCUUUCCUCCGGCCGAACUGGGGUUGCAUGAACUAGUUAUGGGAAUCUCACGGCGUGCGCCUACACGUAAUGCUAAGGCACCUCUUGUGGUCGAAUAAAUGGUAAGAAGAGUUUGCCGUUGUCUGUUCCGGAAAUGAAACUCGGAAUCCUGGAAAUAACUGCCCAUACUUCUAAGUUUGGCACAAACACAAGCCAGUAAAGGGGGUCACCGGGUACCGAAUUAGAAUCUUCUGCAUAACUAAUUUACCCUAGUAGUUCUUACGCACGAUCGCAAGGUAGGAAGCUUUGUAGUCUUCACAAAAGCCUAACCAUCGCAAAGUGUUGGUAAGGAUAGGGUAUGUAGCCCCCCUGGGCGAUUUUUCAAACAUUCACCUUAUCAUAUCUAGGUGGGUGUGAUGUGGCCCCAAGGCACAACGGGACGAGUGGGUUCCGUAGUGCGAUCCGUGAGCGCCCGCUAUAAUUGUCAAUAUACCCGAUCGCAACCGACAUGACAACGGGCCCCUGGCUCUGGGAUUAGGGCAUUGGAUUUCUAACCAGCAGGUCUCAAAAUUGGGCCCCAGGGCUUGCAACCUCAGGAUUAGGCAUGGCUGGCUAACGACGGCUAGUAAACCAGAAAUGGGUACUCCAGUCUGCCCUGUCUUUGUCGGUAAUGUUUUUCGGUGGUUUAUAAUGGUUUGCCUGACAAAAGGUCGGCAGAUGGAUCACGUGGUAUGUGGAUUUUGAUCUUUACUAGUGUCAUUGACAUCAAAGUAACCCGGAUCGGGCUGAAGGUUAGGGUAAGGGACACGGUCGGAGUUAAGGUUAGUAUUAUGAUUUGGGUUAUUCCCAGGGCAGAGGUUGUCAGGCUUGGAUUAUGGUCUGGAUUUGCAGUUGAGGCUAGGGCUGAGGUUUAGAACUAGGGUUAGGUACUUGGGUUAAGGUUUUAGGGCUUUGUUUAGGGAUUCGAGGCCUAGGGUUUAGGUUGUGGUUACGCUCGAGUUUCCCUUAAAUGCUUACGAGUUAAGGGUUAGGGUUACCCAUUACGGCCAUCGUCAUGGUUGGCGUUAGGGCCAUAGCCAACUACGGUUUUCCCAGGGGGGGGGGGGUGACAUACCAUACUUUUGCCGAAGUGCUUUGUGGGGUUCUUUAUCAUCGGCCGCCUUCGCAUCGGACUUCUAGUAGAAUCUUUUCGCAGGCUGAACCUUGUCAAAGUGCAGUCUUCCCAACGAUCAGAGGGUCUUUUCCUUUGGGUAUUUUAAAUUGGCGUACGUUAAUGACGGAAUGAUGGGAGACUGGAAUGGCAGUUUUUAGUUCAUUCUUUUCUGUUAUCAGGAUUGGUCAGUCAGCUGCCCCUCCCCCGUGUGACUGAAUACUUCCAAUCGCAGUCAGCGACCAAAAAGGGAAACCUUCGGGCCCUAGUCAUAGCCGUCUGUCCAUGGCAAAUAAUUCAGGAGCGGUGACUCCUGUCUCCCUGCCUUUCUGACUGUUGCUUGCCUGUCCCUAUUAGGCCCGUGAGUGCUCUGUACCAUACUCGCAGUAUUUUGCCAAGUAAUCAGGUUAGAUCGGUGAAUAGCACUGUUACGUGGACCUUGUUAUACUGUUUAAAAAUUUGCAAUGAAUUUAUAAUGCUCCAGAUCGGAUCCGAGGUCAAUAAUGGCAUGGGUCGAUCCAUGGGUAGUGGGGAAUGCUGAAUUCAAGCAGUUCCUACAAGAGCAACUGGGCAGUGCUUUGAUGACCUACUGUUGUUCACUGCCAAAUUCAUUCUCCCUUUCCUGAUUCCCGGGAAUCGAAGAUAGGAGAUUUCAUAGAAGGAAAUGAAAGAAACUGAGGAGGUACGCUGGGCCCCGAGUGGCAAGGGAAACUCCAGACUUAUUGUACAAAUCAGUAAAGUGGACUUUAGGGGAGUAGCUCCGAGUUAGCUGGUUCCACGAAGACCACAUGAAAAAAAAAGACUGAACCUCAGAUAAAAAAGGCCCGCUUGAUCCUUAUUCUUGUUGCGUUAGGACUGCCAGGACAGGUGCUCAAAAGUAUCAAACUGAAGUCUGCAAUUCUUAAAGUAUCAGACACUCGAGCUUGUCGGCAACAUCAAAGGACUAGAAGCAAGUUAAUCCACACGAAGUGUCUGAAGUGCUCACCAUUCGCGCCAGGUGCCUACCCAGAAGCCCGGCAGAGAAAUUAAUCAGAUUAGACAGUGGAUUCGCCUCGCGAGUUAGAUGAAGUGAUAGCGCUUGUCCACACAAUCGACAAGGGUCCCUUGUGUCUCACAUGAUAGAGCAUCCGACGCGAUUCGAUACCGUCCGAGGAUGUAGGUUUUUGUAGCAGUGCGGGUGCAAGUACUGCGCGUUCAGUUCCGAUAGGCUACUCGUGUUCAUCCCAGAACGGGGCAUGAAUCACGUGGCAGUAUCGUGCACCAGUUUUAGAACUGAAAUGGACGUGUCUGUCUCAGAUUGGAAUUGAAAGUUCACAGUCCACGCUGGUGGCCGCAUUGCGACUCGCAAUCAGUACUCAGAAACACUACUUACAAAGACAAGGGCCACGAAAAUGUCCAUUUAUAGCUUAUUUUCCACUAACAGCCAGUAAGAUCCCAACUCUGGGCCGCGCAUGGAGGUUUGCAUCCGGGUCGGUUGAUUAUUGAGUAACGUCUCCAACACUGCAACACAGGCUUAUGCCAUUUCAGCUGGGAUCGGGAAUGUUUAGACAAGUGGGGGUUGGUGUGCGCAGAUCGGGUAGUGACUAGCGGAGGAAAGUCAGCUUCAAACUGUCGUUUCGGUCUCCUUAACUUUUAUCUAUAUUUUCUACUGUUAAGUGGCAUUCAGGACGCAUUCUGUCAACUCUACUAAGAACUUGUUGAGGAAAUUUGGAAGGUUAAGCCACGACACCACUAGGACAUAAAUCAUUUACUUAAACACGUGGAAUCGGACUGUUCGAAAGAUGACGUUGAAAGCUAUUUUUGGCGGGAUUUAGAUCGCGAAAUGGAUCGUUACUCACGGUCGUUUGUUCAUCUGGCAAACUCAACUACGGAGGAACUGGUGCGGCAGAUGAAGGUGAUACGCUCCAAGUCGUGCUCUUUCAUUGUCUCAGAUUAUGGGUUUCCACAUGCGUAAAAAGCCCAGACAGUUAAAGCAGCGAUUACAGCGUUCGACUGGCCUCAAAUUUCGUCCUCUUAAGAAAUUUCCUGUAUGCCAAAUCAAAGGCUCUCAAGCUUAUUUUUUGUCCUGCGACACACUCGACAGGGCAAAUCGUCCAAAAUCCCAAAAGUCACAACCUCCCCCUGCCUCCACGCCGAUGUCAAACGCUUUUGCCGCUCCGGGGCUUGAGCCACUUGUGACCACGUGCGCACUAAUCCGCCAGCCAAUGGCAGGCAUGCAAAAAUGGGUUCAGUGGCUAACGCUGGCAUGCAUGUCAUCACCCGUUAUCUGUUUUUAUGAAAGGAAUCUUACGGGAGAGUGAAAUGCUGGGUUUGUUCCGCGACACACAGUUUAGCAUACAUCGUUCUAUGCGGUCAGCUCGGCUAUGCACUUUGAUGAUCACGUCGCCUACACAAAAAAUAUUCCCAGUAAAUGUGUUCUGGAUAACGGAAACAUGCAAAGUUCUAAUUAUGUGAAGCUCAAAUGACGGACAAAAAAGGGAACUAAAUGUUAACCUCAUAAUAUCGAAAACAUAAAGGGAGAUUAAAAAAGGAGAUAAAUCCUAAAUUAGGAUACUGUCAUCGAAUCACGGCUCAAUGAGUUGAUUGAAGUGGACCAUCCUUUUCUUGGAGCCUACCUGAAGAACCAGGUAUUCGUCGUGCAACCGUUUUAGUAGCGCUGGAGCGUAAUACGGUGGAAGGGGUCGGGGAUGUUUGCACACAAGGACGCCGUGUCGUCCCGGUGCCCCGGGUUUGCAGGUGUCACGUCUCGUCUUUAAAACAGGCAACUGCGUGUUAACUGUGGCCGAAAUGUUUUCCUGCUUUUUCACCUCCGAUCCAACCGUAGUUGACUGUUCUUCAGUGUUGGUUCUCGAAGUGCAGGGCUGCAGGAACUGGGAGGAGGUCUGUCUCACUGUCCCUUCUGAGGAUUUGAUAUUCCCGAAGUCAGCUGGAGGCUCCUGCGUUGUGGUUUUCUUCUCCAAAUCACUGUCAAAGCGCUCUUCUUUAUCAUUAUGUAACUUCGCACUGUCUCCUGUCACGGUGAUUGAGGUGAUUGGCAGGCCAUCGGUAGUAAACGUCUUACCUUUUUGUUCUGUUCUCGUUUUGUGGAGUUCGGCGAUCGUGUCCACCUGAGCUGUAUAUAACUGAACUGUGUUGACCGUCCGCGCAAUGCAUAAGUUAUCGGUCCGGUGGAUGGUUGAAAGUGGACAAAAAUUCGGAUUGUGCUUCAGCUGUUCUCGUGGCUCGGAAGCGAGGUCUCCCGACAGACGUGCCUGCAUUUCCACCGAUCCCCCCAGAAUGCGAGAUCACGUGUUUCUGCUAUGACGUGACUGGCCAAUAAACAACACCUUAUUUUGAAUGGCUACUGAUCAAUAGCACAACAUUUAUUCGACAUAUUUCAACAGAUUUUUCAAGAAUAGAAGUGCAUUUGGUAAGACCAUGACAGGAGAGAAGGACAGCGAUGAAACAACGAAGGAAAGAAAGGAAUGAAGAGGAAGAGAGAGACAGGAAUACGCCCUAUUUUGGAAGGAUCAUUCCAAAAGUGUCUGUCAGAAUACAAAUUUAUAGAUGAGGAGGGAGUAAAUAGCUUUGCAUAAAACUAUACAACUAUCAUGGGGACAGUACGAGUGCCAGUUUCUGUAUUUCCGAACUCUACACGCUGGACAUCGCGUCAGAAAUGGAACUACCGCACGUUGAUAUCGCCGAUUUACGGCAGUUAAUAUACCGGAAGCCCCGGCGCAUGGGGCGGAAUGACUUCGCAACAGUUAAGUCAGAGUGGAGGGGACGGACAACAUCAUCGAGAAUUCGGCCGAAAAAUUGCCUGACCAUAAUUAAAUCCCGUUAUAUCAAGAUAUCAGAUAAGAAGACAUAAGAAACAUCGGCAGCAGAAGAGAGCAUUCGGAUGACACGUUUUAAACUGGGCAUAUCUUUUUAAAGCAAGGACGAAAAAGUAGCCGGUGAAAGAUAAAGAAGGAGAAGGAAAAUGUUGGCAUCUUUAAAUCUCCAGAUUAGGGCUGAGGUGUGCGUGUGUGUCAGGAGGGUUAAAAUCGAACGCAAUAAACGUGUUUGCUAAUUUUUCUUAAAAGGGUUUCAGUGUGAAGUGAGAACGAGAGACGUAACGACAGAGUAUCACCAAGGUACCGGAAAGGUGACACCUAACUUGGAAGAAUGUUAAAGUAGUCAGAAAUAGGAGAGGUUCGUAGUCCCAAAACACACUGGAAGGCUUUCUGCGUAUUAAGCACAAGACGGUUUUCCAAAGACCCUGCAGUGAGGCAUGAUCCAAGUCAUCCAUCAGAAACUGAAGAUGAGUUAUUUUUAGUAGUGACGAAUAGCCAUAUCAUCAGCAUAAAUGACAUACAACCAGCCACUCGACGAUCUCACAUCAUCAGAGUGAAGUGAGAAGAGAUGGGCGGAUACGACGGAACGCUGAAAGACUCCGCGGUAGAUUUCCAUGUAUCAGACUCGACAAACUGGGUGCGGAAGGCAAAAUAGUAUCAAAGCCAUCAGACAAUCCGAGACAGGAGAGCCGCAUUCAGAUGUUUUGCUAGGGGCGAGAUGGCGCGGGGCAGUAUAGAAGGCAGAAAAGUAUUCAGGAACGGCACAUGAGUAUGCGCGGCACCGACGUCUCGUUCGAGCAGCCACGCCGCUAAUAUUUCGCCCUCAUCUAUUUUCUGAAAUGGACAAACUCUUUAUUCGGUAUUUUAUCGACCUUCUUUUUGACGAAACUGUGAUUCAGCCGGUUUCCCAGAUAUUCUCUAACUAGACCUAAACUUUGCCGUUUUCAGAGUUACAACCGUUUCCCAAGCCUAUGGUAGGCUGUACAAUAUUAAUCUGCUUUGAACACGGGGAUCUAGACUCCCUCCGUACUGCAGGUGGCCUCGCGCUAAAUUCCAGGAAGGUUAUCUAUUUCCUAACUCUUGAUUCUAACAACAGCCCUCAUAAACCCCAACCGAAACCCUAACCUCAGCGCAAAUCCACCUGUAAUACGGCGGGGGGGGGGAGGGAGCAUCAGUCAACCAAGCAAGUUCUGGGCAUUCACUUACAGCCCGUUCUGCCUCAGAAUUUUACAUCAGCAUUGUCUUCAAAGUCCAACCGGAAUUCAAGUCGUAUGCUCUAUCGAACAUGUAAUUCACUGCUGGUGGUACUCAAUUCUUGCUCUUGCUUUCGCGGGCUCGACUCCUCCUGAGGCCACUGAGUUUUUCAUACUUGGGUCGGAUGAAUUAUUCAACUCUGCGGAAACAUUUAUUAGUUACAUGAUCCUAGUAGUCAUUUGGUGGAAUUCAUUUUUCUACAUUUUCGUCAAAUGAAUUCACUGUCAGUACUCGGACCAUUAAAAAUAGGACAACGGAGAAGCCGCAUACUGUACAUAGCGCAUGGUUGCCCGACAGGACAGAGCGUCGUUAAUUUUCCUCAUGUACAGUUUCCGUUUUGAAGGGUGGUUCCAUUCAUAACUGAUGGGUGACCUGGAGGAUAAACUUGAGCUCAGGAUAAAUCCUCAAUUCCAAUUUAAUCAGAUUCGAAAUCUUUGUCCGGGCCUUAGUGACAAGACGACCAGUUGGGCUAAACGGCUGUGUUUUGAAAGGGUGUCACUUUUGCAGUUAGACCUCUUCUCUGGGAGUUCAGAAUCAUGCGCGGACGAAAAUAAAGUACGUUUUUCGAUUCAGAGCAGUAAAGGGGGGGGGAGGAAUUUUGCCAGUUUUAUGUAUACUGUUGCUAUGAGUUCGCCAGUAGUGUUUCAAAAUAAUACGAAUGUCUGAGUUAAGCUAGCAGAAUAUGGGAAGUCAUAAGAACUUCGUUUGCAGUCCCGGUUUAUAAUAGGUCGUUAAGACUUGUUUACUAGGAGGAGAAACGUGCGUUCACCCUUUAUGAAACAGGGUUUUAUCGUCGCUAUGGCCAAGCAGUAUUCAAUAAAUUCACAUUUUUGAGAUCUUUUCGUCAGUAAGUUUUGUGUUCGGCCGGGAAAAGACAAAAAAAUUGGUCGCUUCUGCCUGGCGGGUUAGCAAGGGGAGACGACACAAAGUCAGACAACACUACCGCGUCGAUGGUGCACGAGCAAGUUCGUGUUAAUACAGUCUUCGAAAUAAUUAAACCCACUGAGGGAGCACAGUGGGACGCGCACAUGAAGCGUCGUAUCGUCGAGACCAACGCGAAUGCAAGAGUUAGCCCAUAGCCUCAAGAAACCGACUUUUUCCCUCACCGUCUCACUCAUUCCCUCUCUUGCACUUAAAGGCGACUCAGACCACACUUCCCUAACCUCUGUCCUCCAGUGAGAUGCAUCAACAAUAAAACCAGGACAAUUUAAGACAUAGGGUGUGUAUGCAUGUGUCAGCGGCGGAUGCACUUUCACUCGAGUGUAUCCGCAACUUUAGUCCACGGACUUCUCUUCGCCGACGACUACGCUCUCAACACCACCUCAGAAGGAAACAUGCAAAGAAGCAUGGACCUCUUCGCCGCCGUCCGCGACAACUUCGGCCCGAUCAUCAGCACGGAGAAAACGGUGGUUAUGCACCAGCCGCCGCUUAAAGCCGCCUACAAUUCACCACAAACCAACGUGCAUGGCGCCCUACUGCAAUCCGUGGACACCUUCACCUAUUUGGACAGCAUCCUUUUCCGCAGCACCCCAAUCGACGAUGAAAUGGCCCGCGGGGUUUGUAAGGCUAGCCAAGCCUUCGGUAGCCUGCAGAAAACUGUCUGGAAUCGUCCUGGUGUCCACCUCAGCACCAAACUCAUUAUGUACAAGCGGACAUUCUGCCGACGGUAAUGUAUGGAGCGAAGACCUGGACGGUGUAGAAGAAGCAGGCGCGGAGGCUCAACCGUUUCCUCUUCAGCUGUCUUCGGCGGUUAUUAAAGCUGAGGUGGCAGGAUCGGAUCCCGGACGCGGACAGGAAUCUUUACCAUCCACGCCAUCUUGAGAAAAUUGCGACUGCGCUGGAGCGGCCACCUCGUACGUAUUGACGAAGAUCGGCUACCAACCGACUCUUCUAUGAAGAUGUCGUUACGGGUUCCCGCCGACAAAGUCAACUUCGGCGCCACAAGGACACCCUGAAGUUUUCCUUGUAGCCUCUGCAGAUCAACCCCGCCAAAUCAGAAGACCUAGCCCAGGACCGACCGGCCUAGAGGAGCACAGUGAAAACAGGCACAGCGAUCUACGAAGCUGAUCGCGUCACCGCCGCCAAAGCUCGCAAAUCCCAAACACCUACACUUGGCAGUGCCAACGCUCAACCACCCUCGACCUGCCCACACUGUCAGCGGAUGUUCCGGACACUAAUCGGCCCCGUAAGACACCUUUGGACGCAAUGCGUCAACAACCCGACGACGCUUACUUCUUCUCCCACCCUCGCCCCCUGCCACAAACCCUGCGCCGACCGCCACCCCCGUCAGCGCUGGUCACACGGUUACUGUCCCGUUCCUGUCAAUCACCGACAUCGUCCGCCCUGUCCCAGCCCGUGUCCACCACAGCGACCAGUUCCACCAACACGACGACAUCACGCGCUCCCACCACCAAUGGGAAGACAAAAGACGUCCCAUCAGCCGUUACCAUUUCCACCAGCACCCCUACCUCCAGCUCUGUGGACUCGGUGCAUACCUUUCCCCAUUGCGACCUCACACAUCGUCCUGAUCGGUCACUUGCCAAUCCAUCGCACAGAAAUUGGCGAACCAGUGCCUGGCACACCUAUUUACACCCGCCGCAUCUACCUCAACUGCCUUCACUACCCCAGUAA